AUGGAUUUGGACCGCGAAGAUGCAUCCAGUUUAAAGGGUGGCGCUUCUGAUGUUACAUCCGAAGCAGCUGGAGCAGUGAUAUUGGCGGAAUCCUCAUUAACGGUACCAGACGAGAACAAAAAUGGAGAGUCAAAUUCUUCAUCUGAAAGUGGCUUGGAGGUUGAUCGAGGCUCUGUCGGCAACGGUAGCAGAGGAUCGGAGGGCGAAAGAGAGUUUGAUCCUGCUGAAAUGGUGAGAAGAAUAUCUCAGAAAACCUUGUUGUCCACAAGUAAAUCAAUUGCAAUAUUUUUCCGAGGUGCAUGAGCUCAAUUUUAGACGCGCACACGUGUUCAAUUUGCAAAAAAUUGCAUCUAAGACGUACAUGUUAUUGAAUUAGAUCCCCAUGCAAGCUAUGUUAUUUUACCUAUCCAACGGUAUUUUUUUACAGCCUGCUGAAUGCAUUCGUGUUUCUGCUCGAUGAUACGUAAUAGCUGGAGCAAGUUAGAAAAUAAAUGAUCCAUAUCUAUUUUUAUUUCAAAUAUUUACUUACUCCAGAUGCCCAAAUGUCUUAUUUGCAGGUCCCUCUCAUUAAAGAAAGAGUCACUUUAAGUGCACUUAAAUCCGACAUGUGGAAUGCAGAACAUGAUUCUACCAUCAUUAAAUUCCUAAAAGACACUUCUGUUAGACUGCUGGUGGUUUAUAUUGACAAGCUGUUAGGAUUACAAGUUGGUUUGUCUGUUCCACCUCAUCCAGUGGAAGAAAUGACUUUCAUGAUUAGGUUUGAAAAUGCCACACUUAACCCUGAUAAUAUUGAACGAAAAUUGCAGUUUGGUACAAUCAGAGCCAACCACAUUGAAAGUCUUUUGAGGACAAUGACCAAUGUGUAUGCUCCUCUGUUUUUUGGAAACAAAUCCUGGCCAGACAGUAUCCUUUUCAAAAUAUCGUUAUCUCUUCUCUAUGUUUUAAUUGAGCAUUUAAUUAGAGCUUCAGGUGGUUUUUGGAAAGUAGUCAUAGCUGUUACAGAUCUUUAACUAUAGAUUAGGUAUCAAAAAUGACUUCUCUGCACAGCUGCACAAAUUCAUGGCUAAUCUCACAGACACACGCUAUAAGAUGCAAGGCAAGACAGUGUUAUAUGUCCCAAAUGAGGGAACAAAACUGCCUGUGGAGGAUGCUUCCAAGAGUAAAGAAUUUGUUCAGCGUUUAGAAAGUAAGAAAUAUUAAUCAAAGUAUGUGUUUACUUAAUAUUGUUAGUUAAAUUUAAGUAUCUAUCCCAGCUUGUUCAGCAAUGCAGUGAGGCAAAAUAUUCUUAGUGUUAAUCCUUUUCAAUUACUUCCUUUUAACCCCUCAACUCCCAAAAAGUGAUUAACAUGUAACUUUUCCCUAUUAUAUCCAUACAUUUUUGCCUGAUACGGUCCAUGCAUUAAAAAUUCCUCAACUUUAUUAUUUGAGGAAAGCCUUGCAAAGAUCCUUAACCAAUGCAGGCUGUAUUGUGAGGAGUUGAAAAAGUUUUUCAGCUGUGAUUUUGUACAUGUAGACUAAGAUAAAAAGUUUUGUGCGUAAACAAAUGGAUUUGGACCGCAUCUGGACAUGUAAUGAUAAAACUCAAACUUACCAGAUAAAGUUGUCUUGAUCUAACACCAAUUUCUCAUAACUAAUUCAAAAGGAAAUGUGUAGCAGCUAGAUGGGAGAAUUAGCAAUCAGAUCUUGGGUGUAACAUGGUUACAUAAAGUAUACCCGAAAGAUUGUUAUUUAAGGCCUGAUUGCAUAUGUUCCAAUUAAAAAAAGUAUAUUACAUCAUGUUGAUUUGAUUUGAUUUGGAAACAUUGAAAUUAAGUAAUUACUGUUAAGGCUAAUUUUAACUGUGAAGAUUUAAAUUAAAUUUUAAAUACCAUUUUACCAAAGUUCAAGCUUGUAAUAAAGAUAAUUCUAUCUGAAUUACCUCGGAAGAUGUUUAUAUGCAUUAAUUUUGUAGCCUUUAUUAUGUCUACAUGUAUCUUAUACCCCAUUCACACCAGCAAAACAUUUUUUGUUAAACUGGUUUUCAUUGAAUGAAAAUUAUAAACAGAGAACUGAAAAACUUGAUUUUCCAUUGGAUUCAAGUACUUGCUAACUUGCAUUUCCAAUGUGCUACAUUCAAGUCAAAAAUGUUCGGCUAAAUAGUUUCUAUGAAGAAAAAAAAAAUUAAACUGUGUUUAACAAAACAACUUUUAAACAUGUUUAAGCUUUGGUGUGAAUGGGGCAUUUGUUUAUAAAAGUUCCACAAAAGAAGCAAGCAAAUCAUGGUGGAGUCUGCAACAGAGAUUUUCUAGUUUUAUUUUCUAUCAUAAUGAUGAAACAAAGACUUGUUUUAGACAUAAAACACAUGGAGCUAGUUUGUUAACCCUUUACUCGCACGAGUGACCAAGAAAGAAUUUCUCCUUACAAUAUCAAUAAAAUUUCAAACAGACAAGUGAUGAGAAUAAGGAAAUUAUCAACAAGGGGAUUAUUACUGGUGGUUGAUUCAACACCAGAUUCUCCAAAUUAACAUCAUUAGAAAUGUAUGAUAGACAGUAAGGAGAUUUACCUUUGAGAUCUAGGAAUGAAAGAGUUAAAUGGACCUUUUACUGUCAGUGACUCCCUUGUCUAGUGUGAUUGUACUGAAAUACAUAUUUGCUUUUUUGCCAUUUAUUUUUAGCUGCCAUGAUCCACUGGACAAGACAAAUAAAAGAGGUGCUUAGUAGUCAAGACACGUUUGAAGCAGCAGAAAAUUCAGGACCACUAGAAGAGAUUGAGUUCUGGCGCAGUCGUUGUGCUGAUCUGUCAGGAAUCAGUGACCAGCUGGACAAGCCAGGAGUGAAGAGAAUACAGGCGAUUUUGGAGCACUCUAAGAGUUCUUAUGUUGCUCCAUUUCUUAAGCUCUCAAAGUUGAUUCAGGUCAGUCUGCCUGUUGGACUAUCUGUCGGUCCAGAGUUGUUAGUAUAAGAGCAAGUAAAAGGUGAAAACCAUGAUUGGCUAGUCUGUCAUCUUUAGCCUGCUACUUUUACCUCAUUUAUCACCAUAAUUGCUGGUAAAAAAAUUUACAGUAUAUCUCUUAUGUAGUGUAACAUGUUGAUUUUGUCCAAAAGGAUGGUUCUGCUCAAGCCCAGAGUAAUCUUAAGUUCCUGUCCACACUGAAGGGACCAUGUGAAGAUCUUGCUCAGGCCCAACCUAAGGACAUUCCAGGGAUGUUGCCAAAGAUCCUCAACAUAAUUCGCAUUAUAUGGAUGAACUCUGAACAUUACAAGAGUAGAGAAAGACUCACUGGUUUACUGAGAAAGGUAGGAAUCAGCGGUAGAGUGUGAGUAAAUAGUAAACAAUGUACAGCUGAGGGAUGAAACUUAAUAGAGAGUAAAUGUAGAGAUAAAAAAAUACUAGGCCUGAUUUCAAGUGUAUGAAUGUGUUUUAGUCAUUUCAUCCCUUGAAUGUCUGUGUAUUAAAGGUCAAGGUCAAGUUUGUACUCAAGCCAAGAAGCCCACCCAGUAGGAGCUUAUCCUAGUUUUCUUAGCAUGAAGAAACUUGAAGUAUUACUACUUCCCCCUGGAUUGGGGGUCAGUCCAUUACAAGGUUACCCCCUAUAUUAUUUCAUCAGACUUCCCUGACAAUUUGCUGGUACUCAUUUGGGAAAGGUAUUCUGUAUUGUAGCAUUCCACUAUAGCUAAAGCUUUCCUGUUGUUGUGUCAGGGAAAUGGGAUAAAAUGGUGGGGUGACCUGCAGUGAAUUAGUGGAUUAGCAUCCUAUCCAGGGGGGAGUAGCAAAUUACUCCUGGUUGCUUUAUGCUACAAAAAUUGGGAUAAGCUCAGGCUGGAUGGGCCAUGUGGAUUGAUAGUUGACUUCACCUAGAUUACUUUUCGCAAUAUUCUGACAAUGUAUGAUAAAAACAGGCAGGCAUAACAACAGUGACAUGAGGUGCAUUCUUCAUUAUUUUGACUCUUUUUCUUGGCCAUUAAUGCUCUUGGUAUAUCCAAUUAAUGUGUAUUGAUCUUUCACUGGUUGAGAAUUGACCAAUACUACUUGUUUGCCUUCUCAGGUUAGUAAUGAGAUCAUCAAAAGGUGUAGUACCAAAAUCUCACUUGAUGAUAUCUUUGAGGGUAGGAUCAAGACAAGUAUGCAAGGACUACAGGAAAGCAUUGAGUGUUGUGAGUCAUGGAAACACACCUACAGUAAGGUAAAGUUACUGUCAGUGGUAUAAUUAAAGUAGGGAGAUAUGAAUGAUGACAUAAAGUUAUUUAUAGUGGAGCUGGCAGAGCAUAGCCCCAUAAUUAUAAAAAAUAGUCGUAACCCAUCAAGCUGGAAAAAUUUGGAUGUACAACUGUACGACUGACCGUACAAGGUGCUACUUUUAGCAUGCGCAGCCAACUGUACCACGGGCACUAUCUUAGAAUCAGUCCUCUACAUGAACAUAGAGAAGUUGUGAAUGAAAAUCCAUUAAUAUUACCAUGUACUUUAUCCAUAGUAGGGGCUUAAGUUUUGUUGAAGAGACAUGUGGGGAAAAAAAAUGCAAGCUCCACUUUUAGGCUUGCCUAAAUCUAUAUAUUAACUGCACUGGUUUGCAGAGUAUGGCAGAAGUCAAUGAGAUCUUGUAUGUGUAAAGCCAUUUUUAGCUUUGUGCAUUGCAUGCAGUACAACCAAGAGUCCAGAACUCACAUAUGUACGUGAUGUAGAUGCUGGGAAAUCGAUAGUUUUAAAAAGAAUUUGUGCCAUUUGAUACUCUGCAGACUGGUAAAUGAAAAUUGUUGAAGUGGGGGAGGUUUUUGUCAGGAAUUCUCCCUCAGCUAUUAUACCUGAUUGCAAUUAUGUAAAAUCAAUAAUUAUUAGUCCUGUAGAUGAUUUAGAAGAUAAACAUGAUGCUCAAAGCUUAAUUCAAUUGAAAGAAAUAGUAAAAAACAAAUUACUGUAUUCCCUCUAAAAAGCACCCAAUCAUGUUCUAAUAAAUGCCCACCCCCAAGGCCAUAAUGUCAAGUAAGUGCCCCUUUCAGUGAACAAGUGUUCCCCCUCCUCUCUCAGUUUUUAAAUUGAAGGGAUGCAACCUGUUGCCACUUUCUUGGUAACUUUUUGAACUUCAACUAUAGCUGAAUCAAUACAGGAGAAUGAUAAGUGCCCUCCUUCAAAUGAGGGCCCCUUCAUUUUAGCUGAAAUUUUAAAUAAGCACACAGACACUGAUUAAGGAAUUUGAAUGUAAGCCUCCAAGAUACCAUUUUGGGGCUACUAUCUGAGCUAAGAAGUCAUGUGUUGGAAGUAACAUGGGUUUCCUAUCUACAAGAGCAGGACAAAAAUUAUUGCUAGCCAUAAUUGUUAUAACAAAAGAGAAGACUUUUUUUUUAACUUUUUGGUCUGCUAAUUGUUUUAGCAUUUAACUUUAAUUGCUUACAGAUCAGUAGAAUGCAUUCCAAGUUGUCAAGUGAGAAAUGGAUUCUUGACCAGAGUAGCAUUUUUGCUCAAGUGGAUGCUUUUGUGCAGAGGUGUAAAGAUCUCUUGGAGGUAUUGUGGUGUGCAUUGUCAGUUGCAAUUCAUUGAGCAAAAUUAAUAUGAAUUGAAAGUAAUAGAUUAGUGUAGGAAGGAGUAUAAAAAGCUCUUAGAAUUAAUCUCCACUGACAGUAGGAUUAGGGAACAGAAAAAAAAUCGUGGUAUUCAAUAGAUACAAUACCAGCAAAAAACAAUUAAUUAAACCGAGGAAAAUUUGAACCAAAAUGUUUAAUGUCAUACUUAGAAUACAAUACUAAAUGUUAUAAGCAGUUUGUUAAUUCCUUCAGUGCAAAUGACUAAUCUUGUACAAUAAAAACUACUCAUCUUGAAAUUCUCAAUAAAUGUGUGAAUUCUGUAGGUAUGUGAAGGGCAAAUCCACUUUGCAAGAAUGUAUGAUGGCGAAAAAAGUCCCCUACCUUGCUUCCAUGGUGUACGAGGACCUGAGGUGGUCAGAAGCUUAUUGGAGAUUGAGGCAACAUUUGAGAAGAAUCUGCAAAUCCUUAAAGAUGUCAAGAAAACUAUUUUAGAUGUUAAGGUAGGAACAAAAUAACACAAUGUUUGAUUUGACAUUUGUGAUCCUUGCAGUAUGUGAGUCUGGUAUAGCAUGUGAAUUCUGGGGUGGGUACCAGGGUCUUCCAGAUUUUUUGCUGCAUAUGUGCUGCUGGCUUCUCAGAAUCCCAACCCUAGUAUAGCUAUUUGUUGGCCUAUUAUAGACAAUCUUUGACACUUCUUUGGUUAUACAGGGACAACCUUUCAACUGCAAAUCAUCCAUGUUUAAAUCCCUACAAACCAAAAUUUCUCAUCUCCAAAAUCCUGAAAAUGUAAGCCUCCAUUCAAGCAACUCUUGACAGUGCAACCCUGUUGUAGUCAAUCCAGUCAUGAAAAUGUGACCCCAUCCAAUGGCACAUCCCUAUUGGCCUGUAAUUGUGAAGAACCCUCCUUACCCCUCAGGACAUGAACCAACUUAUAGAAAAACUUACAGCAAGUUCUCAGUCACUCAGAGGUAGAGUGUCAGAUAAUGAAACCCAAAGGUCUAACCUGAGAUUUCUCAUUUGAGACUCAGAUUUUUUCUAGGUCUUAUGCUCAAAGGGAAUGAAUACCAUCAUAACAUUAUUUGCACUGUUACAUGAGACAAUUUUUUUCUGCAUCUAAGACAGUUUGUAGAAAAGCCUUCUGUAGGUCUUACACAUCUGUGUUGAGGUACAUAGGUGUCUUAAGGUUGCUAAUUUUUAUGUCCUUCCCUUAAUUAAAUUAAUUUAAUGUAAUGUCUUUCUUAUCAGGCAACAACUUGGCAUGAUGAUUACAACAGAUUCCGUGCUGGUGUAAAAGAUUUGGAAGUGAUGGUUCAGAAUUUGAUGUCCUCUGCAUUUGAAACAAUAACAACUGUCCAAGAAGGUGUAGAAAUUUUGGACAUAUUCCAACAUUUGUCAUCAAGAGAGGUAAAAUCAUCAUUUCUUCAUUCAUUGCAUUAUCAAUUGAAGACACUAAUUUACUUCAAAUAUAUCUUUCUUGCCAUAAAGGCUCUGAAAAGCCCCCCCUGAAGGUUUGUUUAUUUCCAAGGCCUCUAAAUGGAGGAGGGCUCUUUGACCCUUUAAUCCUAUGAGUGACUCACAUCUUAUUUCUCCCUGCAAUGUUACCCCUGAGUCACACAUUAAGGUCAUGAGAAUAAAGGAAAUGAUCACCAACUAAAGAAGUUCUUGAUUGUUAAACAAGUUCUCCUUGUCAACAACUCAGGAAACGUGUAGAGAACAGUAUGGAGAAUAUAGGUAUUGAUGUUAGAGUGUAAAGGGUUAAGAGGGAGGCCUGUAGGGGGCUUAUUUAGAACUUGAUGAAGGCAGAAAUGUGAGUCAUUUCUUGCUUGUGAGUUGUUUCCCACAUUAACAAGGCUGUGUCUCUUUGAAGGCUCAAAGAGUGGAACUUGAUAGAGAGGGGAGGUUUUAAAAAAGGGGGAGGCCUAAUAGAGAGGUGGGCUCAUUACAGCAGAGGUCUUAUUGAAAGUGUUCUCUGUAUGUUUGACUUCAGGCCAUCAGACGUACAAUUGACAAGAAGACAGUGGAAGUGUACCAGCUUUUCAAUGAAGAACUAAACCUUGUAAAGAAAGAGUUCAAUACCAAGACAGUGGACUUGCCACCUAUGUAUCCAAUUUAUGCAGGAUCAGCAGCCUGGGCAAGAAUGCUAAAAAGGAGGAUAGAUCGACCAAUGAAUGUAAGCUCCUUGUCUCCAACAUGAAGCUUUUGUUUUAUAUGGGGAGGGGUUAAUAAGUGGAUGGGAUUCUAGUUCACCACAGAUAAUUGUGUCAAGAUCUCCAAUUUUCUUGCCAAGAUCUUCAAAGAUCUUUUGCUUUCUUGCCAAGAUCUUCAAGGAUUUUCAAAAUUCUUGUUAAGCUCUUUUAAGACGGUCAAAGAUCUUGGAAAGAAAAUGAAAGGUCUUUGAAGAUCUUGGCAGGAAAAUGAAAGAUCCUUGAAGAUUUUGGCAAGAAAAUGAAAGAUCCUGGAAGAUCUUAACAAGAAUUUUGAAGAUAUUUAUUCCAAAGAUUAUCAAAGAUCAGGAUCCUGAAAGGUCCUCAUGAAGAUCUCCUAGGAUCUUAAAAGAUCCUUCAAAUAUUUUCACCAGGGUAGUCUGCUUUGAGCCCAGCUUCUCCACUGCAAACAUCCUCAAGGGUCUUUUGUUUUCUUGCCAAGAUCUUUAAGGAUCUUUUGUUUUCUUGCUAACAUCUUUAAGGAUCUUUUGCUUUCUUGCCAAGAUCUUACUAGGAUUUUAAAAAUCAUUGUCAGAACUUGGAAGAUCCUUGAAGAUCAUGGCAAGAAAAUAAAAGAUCUUUGAUGAUCUAAACAAGAACUUUGAAGAUCUUUCAAAGAGCUUCACUAAGAUCCUCAAUAGGAUCCCCAAAGGUCCUCAUGAAGAACUUUUAAUAUCCGAAAAGAUCCUUCAAAGAUUUUCACCAGGGUUACCCAUCUAUUAAGGGAGUGGUCACCAGGUGACAUAGCAAAACUAUAUGACAAUAUGAAAAUAGGAAAUAUCUUUAUUUCAAGUACUAAAUUCAAUUUACAAUGGAAUCUAUAAUUCUAUAUUUUUUUACAUUUGUUAAUAGCAAUAAAAUUUUAAAUGUAAAUACAUUGCUAAUAUGUUUGCUAAGAAAAAACAUAAAAUAUGUUUAAAAAUAUGUUGACUUUGAUUGAAAUAGGUAAGAUUUAUCUAGGCUGAAAUAUAGCAAUAAAGAAUUAAAGGCUGAUAUUGAGAAAAAUGUAAAAAUUGGCAAUAAAAAGAUCAAGGAGAUGGCUCCUUCAAUAGUGUUAAUAUCAAUAGGAAAUUAUCUUUUCUACUGUCAGAGUAGAAGCCAUCAUCUGAUACAAAUGAUUCUGCUGUUUACUUCUGCCCACAAGUAUACUGUCAAGAUGUCAGUCAUCAUCUUUGACAACAGUCCUUUUAUGACUACUCCUACUUGGAUGAAUGUGCUGUAUAAUAAAGUGCUACUCUUAGGCUCAAAGUAUUCACUGAAUCUUAUUAAGUUUUUGGAUUAAUGUCUCUUUCUCCUCACAAGGAGUUGAAGCAACUGUUUUUUUGUUGGUAAUUUGCCUUUCCUCACAGGUACUGAACAAGUCAUUCUUCUUGCCACUGAUUGGGACUGGAGAGGAAAUCAGAUCACAAUACCAACAACUUGCUCAGGUACAAUAGUUUAAAGCAGUACUGUACUUAUUGACUGAGUGGGAGGGCCAGGUGGUUAAAAAAACCAUCUGUGUGUGACAUAACUAGAAGCUAAAUAUUUUCCUGUGUUGCUCAACCUUUUUCUGUCAAUAAAUAUUUUAUCAUUUGACUGCUGCUUUCUCUCUUCCUUCUUUUUGUUGUCCUUACUUUUUGUCUUCAGAUCUUUUCCUCUACCCUAGCUGUUAGAGCAAGUUGAAAUCGCCUUAAUUCUCAUUUCUUUUAAUUUUUUUUUAUUGUGAUGUAAGUUGUAUUUGAAAGCUGCCUUAGGAUAUUGUGACUUAAUUUCAUGAAGGAGCUUAUUUCGACACCACAAGUAUUAUGAUAAACCUGCUCAAUUCUUUGACUUUGCAAAAAGUAAAUGUUUUUCUUUACCCUUUAGCUCCCAGAUGAAAUUUGUAAUUCUUCUUACUGUAAACCAUACAAUUCUUAUAAUGUUGGUUUUAGAGAAUUUAGUAUUGGAUCAACUAAUUAUUCCCAAAUUGACAUUUUUCUUUAUUCUCAUCACUUAUCUGAUUGUUGUUUUAUUGAUAUUGUAAGGAGAAAUUCUGUCUUGGUCACUCAUGGGAGUUAAAGGGUUAACAGAUAAACAGUGUAAACACACUCAUCACCAUUUGUCUUCCGCCCAUACAGGCUCUUGACGAAUUUGUUAGAAAGACUUUCAAUGAAUGGACUUCCACCGUCGACAAGGAGGCUACUAGACUGUUAGAGAUUCCUCUCAUGAGGCGUAGCUCAGACAGAUCUGGGACACUUGACCUUAAUUUUGACAGGUUAGUAAAUUGCUCAGUAAAAGAGUGACUGGAGGAAGGUUUUAUGUGACUUUCAAUGCGAAACAAAAUUGGUCUGAUUCAUCAUGAAAUACGUGAUAAUUUGGAGGGACAGUUAAAUCAGGAGUAUGUCAGUCACCUUGGACCCUUUUUUUUCCAUCCAUCUUUCAAUCGAUGGAGUGAAGAGGAAAACAUAUUUUUAGAAAAAGUUCCUUUUCCAUUCUUAUGCUUCCAGCAUCAGAUCUCUUCUCCAAAUAAGUGCUACAUUAUAGCAAUUUUCAAUUGGGUGUAUAGAGAAAUCUGGGAUAACUUUUGUUUUGCCUCACUUUGAUCUUUGAUUGGUCUAGAAAACUUGUGCUAUCCUCUCAAGUAAUUAGAUGUAAAACUGUUAAACAAUCAUGACUUGGUCGCUCGCGUUUUCCUGCGCAUAAGGCAGUUUGGUCAGAUUAACUUUGAGUUCUCACUGGCUUUAAAGGGUGUUUUUCUUCUCUUCUGAAUGGCUGUUGUGAUUACUUUGGUUUUAGUUGUACAACACUCAAUCUGAAAGCCCUUUAUUUUAUAUCUGUCUUUUAAUUUCUGAUAAUGUCAUAUGUUGUUAUUUGCAGGAACCUUCUGAAGUUGUUCAACGAAAUCCAUUACUGGGAGAAAUUGAUGUUUGAGACUCCUCACUAUGUCUCUGAGCUUUACAUGAAGAAGGAAGAUCUACGUAUUCUUAGGGAAAAUGUCUUGCUUGUUGUCCGUGACUACAACAGGUUUGUGCUAAUGAUGAAUAGUAUGGCCAACAUCGGUUUUGGUAUUAAAUGCCUUACAAUUUUACAGUAACUGUUCCUCUGGCAUGAGAUAUUAGGAGAUAUUAGCUUGUCUUAUUGCGAGGUACAAUAAUGUUUAGAGUUAAAAUUUGGUACAUGAGUGCUUGUUACCUUAAUGUACUCCUAAGUAGAUGCAUCUUAUGUUCAAAAGUAUUUGUGACAAGAAAUUGUCGAAAACCUCCUUGAAAAAGAAGUGGUAUGGGAAUUUUCUCCCUAUUAUCCUUAUCAUUUGCUGGUGGAAGCGAUAUGUCCAUUUGCUGUCAGAAAAUUGUUGUUUAUACUUUACUUGAACUUGGCAUUGUCGCUUGUUUGGCAGGAUCAUAGCAGUUUUGUCCUCUGAAGAACGUGGUUUGUUCAGAGAGAGAAUCAGAUCACUGGACAAAAAGAUUCACCCUGGUCUUACCAAGUUAACUUGGGCUUCAAAGGGAAUCUCAGAUUACUUCAUUGGAGAGUGCAGGAAUAACUGCAGCAAGGUACAUGUACUCUUGAUUUACAGCACCAAUCUUUGUUAGAAGCAAGCUGCAAACGUUGCUAUAAAACAUGAUUUCAAUCGUUACUUAAGCAAAGAUUGACAAGAGAUAAGAGCGAUUUUCAACUGAGUGACAAGGAGUCCAGGAUUUUAUUGUUUGUGUUUUACUCUUCCCAAUUAUUGGUUGGAUGACUUGCUUUGUUAAAACAGAAAUUCACCAGUUUUUUUCCCAAUUUGUCUCCAACCAUCCUAGAUGAUCAGGGAUGUCUAAUUCGUUGUUUGAAGAAGCUUGUGAAUGAGAUUAUUUUAAAAAAAGUCUAGUUUGUAUAUUUCCUUGACAGACUAAAGCUAUGUAUUCGGAAAACGGAAAAUUGACAAAGACAUCUGUUCAUAAAGGCAGUAAAUGUUACUUAAGUUAUUAAAUGUGCAUUUGCAUUUUGUAGGUUCAAGAUAUAGUGGAUGACUACAAGAAUGCCAACCUAACCAUCUCCAAGAACUGCAAGAAGAUCAGUGAGAUGUUACUUGUCAAAAUUGAUGGCAAAAGAGUGUAUGACAAUCUGGAAUUUGAAGAAGAACAGGUAAACCACGAGAAGAUUCUGGAUAUGAUAAGGAGACUGCUUAGCUCUCUCAGUUUGUGGGUUUUUUAGCCGGUUCGUUGGGGCAGUAAGUCUAUCGGUCAGUCCAUAGUUAGCUGGUCCAUCCUUCCGCUAGUUGUUAGACUGUCAGUCCAUCAGUCAUUCUCUCAGUCAGUCCAUCAGUCAGUUGGCCCAACCUUCCGUUGGUUGGUAGACUUUCAGUUCAUCAGUCCAUCUGACUGUCCCACUUGCUCAUCUGUCAGUCGGUCAAAUGCAAGUGAUGAAACAAUCAGUCAGUCAAACAAUCGAUUAGUCAAGAUAACUAGGCUAAGUAAUAGGUACGGUGCCUUUAGCGAUUAGGUUAAUGCUGGUGACUAGAAACAGCGGAAGAGCUUAAAUAGACUAGUUCUAGAUACAACCACUGAUCUUUUUUCGAUUCCUUUCCAGAAAAAACACCGAAGCAUUGUGCAGACAAGACUGCAGGUCACUCAUGUAGAGAUUGUGAGCAUCAUGAAACAGACGUAUGAGGUUUUCAAGCAUGAUGGCCAAGAGGUAUUAUGGAUUGUCGUAUUAGAUGUGAAAUGUAAAGACUUUUAUCAUUGGAAAAAGUUGAAAGGUCUUAGCUCAGAUUCCCAAACAACUGUUUGGUAAAGGUAACGCGGGCUUAUUUGUAUUUUCUAUAUUGUUUGGCAGGUGCAAGCCCAUUGGUUGCGCUACACUGAGAAAAUGGAUCGUAUGGCUGAAGAGGCAUUCAGAUUGAAUGUAAAAUGGUCAUUGCAGGAACUGUCCAGAGCCAUUAAUGGAGAUGGAAAGAGUGCUCCAAACCCGCUGCUCAGGGUCAAAGUUGUACUGGAAGGAGAUAAGGUUUGAAGCGUAAUUAUUGAGGUGUUAAGGUUUACAGCGUUCUUUUGAUUGGGGAUUGGACCAGACGCUAAUCAUUUUGAGAGCACAUUUCGAUUGAGCUUCGCAAACUAAUAUAAAAGUAAUUACAACAGCCAAUCAGAAAAAAGGUGAAUAUCACAACAAACCAAGGAGAAUUCAAAGUUAAACUAGCAAACUGUCAGAAGUGCGUGAAAACGCGAGUGACCUAAUCACGAUUGGUUUCAGUUUUGAAUCUGAUUGGUCGAGGAAGUGGCACGACCAAUCACAGUGCAAAGUAAUUCAAAACCAAAACAAUCCCAAACUACUUUCGACACUCAAAUGAAAAGUGUCCCGUCAUUAUCUUAAAUAUUCUUUAAAUCUGCUUUUUUGUAACAAUCAGGUGGAAUUCUCACCAACACUGAAGAAGCUUGCUAGCAUGAUGGACAACAUUGCAGUUCAGUUGACAUCUUGUCUGUCAGUUUUCCAACGGCUCCCGGAUAUUCUUACCAAGAAACGUUCUGUUAAAGAUGUAAGUGCAACAAGGUUUCUGAAAGACAUAAAUCACACAGUCACCAAAAAUUUUAUAUUUUGUUUCAAACUACCUGCAUAAAUAUAAGUUAAUAAUAUUUAUACUUAAAAAAGUGGCUAACGGACCUUCAAGUUGGCAGCUAGUUAACUUUUGUGUGUCGUUUGCUUUGUUGCAGCGUGUCUGUGAGAUAAUUGAAAGGGACGAAGAGACAAAGAAAAUCCAAGCCAGCAUCAAAGCUGGAAUGUCAGCAAACGCCUCACAUCUGCAGUCAUACCUCAGCACAUGGGAUAGGUAUGAAUCAUUAGAACGAUUUUAAUUGGUCCAGAAAAUUAGGGUCACGACGACACACGAUUGCCAGUUAAUCAAGUUAAUCAGAAUCAGUUCAUCAAAACUAAGCCAAAAUUUAUCGUCGUGCAUAAGUGCUAGUGCAAGCAUGAUGCGCACACUGUUCUAUUACUGCUCAAAUCGAUAUGUCAAUAGCCAUCAUGUUCGAAAAUUUUGUUACAGUUCUAAUUAAGGGGAAAAGAGGACAUAAACCAAAGGGAAAUUCUUUGAAAUAACGCAAUUUUAUAGUAGAACCUCCACUCUUGAGCAGAAGUGCCCCUAAAAUGAAGGCAACAGAUGGCAAGGCUUUAUGGGCAUUUUUCUCAUUCAUGCUUCUUAAACUCGAGGGAAAUUCCUUUGUUUUCUUGUUUCGAGUGUCUCGAGCCUGGAUCCUCAAUCCUCGAGGUUUUUCGAAAAUUGAGGAUCAUGAAUUGGGGAACGAGGAUCGAGUUUCGAGGGACUGUCAACUUACUUUUGAGCGGCACUGUUCAUCAUCAUCGUCACCCACCAAAGUUGUACUUGACGCUUCGUGACGUAUAGUGAAUCAGUAAUUGCCAUGUUAAACGACUGAUUGAAGCCCAUUGAUGUUUAGUUACCGAGAAAUCUGGGAGAUUCAGAAGGAUGCCUUCAUUAGGAGAUACCAAAGGCUGAACCCACCGGUCUCCUCGUUUGAUGCUGACAUCUACAGGUUUGUGAGUCUAUAAUCGCUACUGGGACUCUUCUAGUCUAAACUUUAACCCUUUACUCCCAAAUAUCUGAAUGCACAUUUUCCAUACUGUUCUUUAAGCACCUCCCAAGGUGCCGGUAAGGAGAAUUUGUUUAACGUUCAAGAGUUUCUAUUGUUAGUGAUCAUUUCCCAUGACCUUUAUGUUUGAUUCAGGAGUUAUAUUGUAAGAAGAAAUAUGAUGCUCGUCACUCUUAGGUGUUAAAGGGUUUAAGUGCUAUUUCUUCACUCAAACUACUCGACAAUGUUAAUAGGACUGUUGUUUUAGUAAAGCUAGCUGUAAUCCGAUUUGAUCUUGUUAAGUUGUUGGUCAUCCAUGCUCCAUGCUAGCUCUACUAUGUUUCCUUCAUUUUCUACGCUUUUUUAACCGUUUUCUUGUUAUUUAAGCGAAUUCUAUAGCCAUAACAGCCUGGAGUUGCCUGACAUAUUCCUUUUGAACAUGAGCAGUUAAUCAAUUUUUUUGAAACUCACUAGGUACACAGAAAUUGCCAAUAACUUCCAGAAAGAGGAGACAGUGCUCAAUAUUGAUUUUGUGCUCCUGGACAACUCGCCGCUGAAGUUCGCUCUUUUGAGCCAUUGCAAUGAAUGGCAGAACAAGUUUACUACUCUUCUGCGUGAAAUGGGAAGCCAAAAACUGCUGGAACUGCACAACUUCUUAAAGGACAAUGCCAAAAAGUGAGUAUAGAGCACCAUAAAUGUUUUGAUUCCAUGCAGUUUAAGGUGGUUGUUUGUGUAAAAAAAAAGGUGGGGUAUAAAUAUUAUAAGACACCUGUGUAUACUCAAAAUAAACCAGAAAACUAGUGAAAGUCAGUUAUGGGGUCGGAAUUGGUUCUAGCUUUCUAUUUUCUCCGUUGGGAGGAUUGCAAGAGUUUUUGACCCCUUAAAGAGAAGACUGGCGAAUGAAUAAUAAUAUUUUGAAACUUUGACGCUUAACUGACAACUACUCUUUGAUUAUUACUUACUUGUGGUGCAUUUUAUAUCAUCUUAACAGGCUCAGUGCUCCUCCAGAAACCUUAGAUCAGUUGGGUGAUAGUCUGGCUCUGUUGGAACAACUCCAACAAGAUUUGCCAAACAUCGAGGCCAAGUUUCCGCCUCUACAUCAACAAUUUGCCAUUCUUGAGAAGUACGAAGUUGCUAUUCCAGAGGAGGUACGAUAAUUUCAUCACCUGUUUAAAAGUCAAACCCUGCUUUGAUUUCUUUGAUGUUUUCUUUCUUUUAAACAAGGAAUAAACGCGUUGUAUUUGUAACGAGCGAAAGGUUCUGGGUAAUCACUGUAUAAAUGAAACUUCUGUGCUGUACUAUUUAUUUACGCUGUACAAAAUGGUUCUAAUUUUUGGUUGGAUGGAUCAAAGACUGUGCAACCUCUUGAAUGAAAGCCUCUGAGCAUUUCGUUCAUUUUAGUUUCUUUCAUCAGAAUCCAGAUAAUGUGUAGGCUGUUUCUCUUAAAUGUGACCAUGUUGUUUAUAAUCUCUUAACCAUCGUUUCCUUUGCGUAAGAUGUUUUUUCGUCUCGUAACAAGCAUGGAAAAUAAACAUAUUUUGAAUCCGCAUGAGGAGUCAAACUCAGACCAUCGGAUUUCGGGCUCCGCCGAUGCUUUACCAUUGAGCUACAGAGACUCUAUGGAAAGCAAGGCUAUUGCUCAGUUCAUAUCAUGAGACACGUGUCCAGCAUAGUGCUAGGAUUAGCAAAGUCAAAACGUUUUGUUUAAAUGUACAUCUAUGGAAAAAUGUAAUUUAACUUUAAGGGCGACUAAAUAGGUAACUAUAUUAUGCCCUUCUCCAUUUUCUCUCCUCUUUGUAAUCACUAUAAAAAAGUUUGUCUUUGUUGAAAUAGAGAGAAAAAAGGAACAAAUAAAACAGGAUAAGAAAGAUGGUUAUUGUUCCUCUCUUUCCCCCUUUUUCCUUCUUUGCAAAACAGUUGCCUCUUCCACAUACAAGAACUGAACUUUCAUGCUAUUAUUUGUUGACUUUCCCGCAGGUACAACAGAUGCUCGAUCAGCUGAGUGGCGAGUGGGUGUCCUUCCAGCAGUGCUUGAUCGACAGUGAUGCUAUGCUGAAGAAAAGCAAGGAGAAGUUCAAAACAGGGCUGAUUCAUUCUUCGGAAGACUUUAAGAAAACUGUCUCAACGCUGUUUGAUGAUUUCCAGAACAAAGGUCCAUUUAGCAGCUCUACCUCUGUAAAAGAGGUUCGUAUGUGUGUAGCGUUUGUUUAGCUGUGAAGGAAGAUCUUUAAAUCAUCACUUAACAUAAAUUAACGGGCCUUAAGCCAUAUUUUGAAAUCAAAAGUUAAAGAUUAGAGGAGCAGGUUAUUACGCCCUAAACGGUCCACAGGUUUUCUUUCCCUUAGCUGGUAGUUUUAUUGUAUAAACUUUUAAAAUCCUGAUCUUGAAUGAAAGCCGAAGAGCUUUACUGCUAGACCUCUAUUUUGUGUUUUCUUGCCGCAAUUGUCCUUCUGCAGGAGGUUCUGUGAGUAUUGAUUAGACUCCAUUUAUUAUCAGACCUGAAGCAGUCCUUCUUUCCAAAUAAUAUUUACCGCACGAUUGAAAAAGUCUGGGAAAACAAAACAAAACCUAGUGCCUGAAAAAUUUCUGCCCUUUUCCGUUUGACCGUGUGACUAUAGUGUAGUGAAUUGAGGCAGGAAAUACCAUGACCAUUGUAUUUUUAUAGUCAUGCCACAUCGUCAUAACUUCAGUGCGCGUAUAAUGAAUGCAAUAUUUUUGUCUUAGGCUUUGGAGGAGGUCAAAAUGUACCACGAACAAGUCAUUAACUUAAAGACGCAAGAAAACAAACUGAGACGAGGAUUAAACAUCUUCAAGAUUGAGCAGCCUCCGUCGAAGGAUCUGCAAGGGCUGGAGAAAGAUCUGGAACACUUGGAGCAGGUUUGGACCAUCACAAAGGAAUGGGAAGACCUGUGGGAUGCUUGGAAAGUUGGCAAAUUCGAAGAGCUGGUCACCACCGAUAUGGAGACUACGUCGCAAUUGUUGUUCAAGAGGUUGAACAAGCUGGUUCGAGAAGUAAAGGUAAGGAUAAUUUGAAUUCGCUCACAUGCGAUUGGUCUCGAUGCAUCAUGUGACCCGUUAUGUCCCCGUUAAAGCUAGGGAAUAUUUAGUGAUAUUCCCCAACUCGAAGCCUUUUCCCUAAGUUUUCCCUAAGCUCCGCUCUCUGAAACUCGCGGUGCAGGUAAUCUUAGGGGACAAAUAUCCGAGAAUAUUUUCGUGCUAAUUGGAGGCUGUUGUUAAGUAAUAUUUGUAAUCCUAAUUUGUGGUUUUGGGAGCAGAUAGGAGCUGUGCUGAGAGAUAAAUCUGUGGAAAAAUAGGAAUUGGACACUUCACAGAUUAUAGGUUGGUGAAAAUGUGACCUAUAACUGCUAUUUCUCUCGUCUACUCCUCAAAUGUAUCGUGAUUUUUCCCUACAGGACAAAAACUGGGACAUUUGUGACUCCAUCAAGUCUCGUAUCGAGCAGUUCAAGCGCACCAUGCCAUUGAUCCAAGAUUUGAAGAACCCAGCUAUGAGAGACAGACACUGGGCACAAAUCAAGUCUGAGGUUCAAAAGCCUUUUGAUCAGAAUGGUAAGUUAAUUAAUCUUAUUACCUACCUUUUCUUCUCAUCGCCUAGGAAUAGAGCAAUUUUAAAUCGAGUGUCGAAAGUUAUCCGGAAUUGCUUUGGUUUUGACUUAAUUUUGCUCUGUGAUUGGUCAAUCAAAAACAAUAGCAACUUGGUCUUGCGCGUUUUCCCGCGCUUCAAGUAGUUUUCUUGUUUUCACUCUGAGUUCUCAUUGGCUAAUGAGAAUGUAAAGCUUUGUUCUGAUUGGUCGCUGGGAUUACCUUGGUUUUGGUUUUUCGACACUCAAUAGAAAAAUUAAAACUUUGAGGGUUUUUUGAGUAUGGGUUGAAGCCCUUGAUUUGUCAAGGUUUCUCUCUUGGCGCGCGCGCACUGGAUACGUGACGUGAAGUUUCACUGUGACAAGAAUUACGUGAGCAAUAGAAACACGCAGAGUCCGUUAGAGUAAGAAGCAAAAAUGAUCGAAAGCUAUCCGAGAUUACAUUGAGUUUGCUUUAAUUAAUGCGCACUGUGAUUGAUCUAGAACACUUGCACCGCCUUCUCAACAGACGAAGUGCAAAUCAAAAACCAAUCGCGAUUUUUGUCAUUGCGAUUUUCCAGCGCUUUAGGCAGUUUGGUUUCACUUCAAGUUCUCAUUUGCUUCAUUGUAAAUUAUAUUUUGUCUGACUGAGUACUUGGUUUUUUUUUUACGUCACUCGGUCGCAAAGCGCUGUAGCUUCAACUUAUGUUAAAACUCCAGAUAGCCUGAUAUCCGUGUUGUUUUUUUUUUCAGCUGAUGAUUUUACUCUUGAGAAGAUCAUUGAACUUGGAUUGGAUCAGUUUGCUGAGCAGAUCAGUGAAGUCUCCGCUGCUGCAAGCAAGGAGUUGUCCAUAGAACAAGUAUGAAUUUCUUUCUAUGUGUUGGGAAUGUUUAUGUGUCGCCACCGUGUGGUAAUGUGGUGGAAGUCCAUGUGUCCUAAACGGUUGUACAACGGGAAUUAUAAUACGUUGCAUUAUUUCGCUUUUGAGCUUUUGAUAACCAAAGGUAUAUUCUACAUGCUUAGGAGCGCCUUCCUAUGUUAACGUUUCUGCGACAAUUACUUUUUUUUGUCAGGCCAUUACAGGCAUUGCCGAGAGCUGGGAGCAAAUUACCUUGGAUAUUGGACCGUACAAGGAUCGCGGUCAUUUCAGACUCAAGUACGAAUUUACGAUAACUUUAGAUAGAAAACAAACGAAAAUGAAUUAAAAAGUGUUUCGUUUAUUAGCACAUUUUUGUGUAGGAUGAACUUCGUGAUAGCUCUAUCCUAUCAACAGUUGAGAUUUUUUAAUUCUGUAAGUAAAUGUCAUCUGUUUUGGUUGAAAUUUUGUUUCGUCAACUAGGAUCUGUUGUUAUCGUUAUAUUCAUACCACUGAUCGAGGGUUACUUGACCUAUUUUUAUACUAAUUGCGGUUUUAUUUUCAACAAAAUUCUAAGUUUUUUCCUCCGGUCUUCAGGGCAACAGACGAAGUCUUUCAACAGCUGGAAGAUAACCAAGUUACUCUGUCCACCAUGAAGGCUUCGCGAUAUGUCAAGGCUUUUGAAGUAGAGGUAAGAUAUAUGAAAGUUCGAGUAGUUUUAACGGGAUUGUUGACUUGGAAAACUGGUUAUUGCUCCUAUAGGAUACUCAAUGGCUCCGAACUGAAAGUUUCCGGUUCAAGUCCUCGUGGAGGUCAUUGUGUUGUGUCUCUCGCCACGCGCGAAUUUGAAUUGUCGAGUUGUCGAGCGGGGGGGGGGAAGUUAGGGGAUAACCGGUGAUGGACCAGUACUACGGGAUAGUUUUGGUUUUGCUUUACUUUGCUCUGUGAUUAGUUCAGAAAACUCAAUCGCACCCCUGUCACCCGCUUCUUCCACGCUUCAAUUAAUGUGCUUGUUUUUACUUUGAGUUCUUAUUAGUUUGUGAUAUUUCCCUUUGUUCUGAUUGGUUACCGUAAUUCGUUUGGUUUUUGUUUUACAACACUGAAUCAAAAUGCGUUCUAGAUACAUGCUUGGUUGAGGUCAUAGAACAUACCGUAGAGGUUUAUCUUUAAUUGGCUGCUCCGAAGCUUUGCGUUGUAUUGAAAGUGAAUCUAAGGGUCGUAUUGGUGAUUUCGUUCCUUUGUGAUCAGAAGUGAACCUUGAUAUGGUUCUAUUGCUUUUUCUAAUUAACAGGUGGACAAAUGGGAAAGAACUCUGUCUCUCAUUCUGGAAGUCACAGAAAUGAUACUCACCGUCCAACGACAGUGGAUGUACUUAGAGGUAUGGAAGCAGUCAGUUCGGAGUAUUUCUAAGUUUACUAAGAUGUCAGUGAAAUGUUAGCCCCCGACACCAUCACCGGAGGACAAUGUUUCUAUAAUUCUGCGAGACCCAGUGAAGUAAACUCGGAAUCAGUUGGACUACAAGAUCGUUUAAAAAGUCUAAAACCUCUUUUCAUAUCGAAGAUAAAUGACAGAAUGUGUUAGAACUGCAUUACAUGCUAUUUUACCACACACCAUUGUUAAAUUGGUAUAAGGCUACUUUUGUUAACGUUUUCUUUAAUGCAUCCAACGAUAAUAAGGCUAUUUAUUUGUGAAUGGAAAGGAAAAUCGAAGUGAUCUCGUAUUUCUCACCACGUUGCACUUGUUCUAGAAAUCUGUUGAUGAACACCGUACCUCAUUAAAGCCCAGGCAGAUGAAUUUAAGGGCUUGAAUCUAUUCUUCAAUUCUCUGACCUCUUUUGGCUUUAAAUCCAAAGUGACAACUCUUUCACUAAAUACAUUUAAUGGAUCACUGUCAUUAUCUGAGCAACUGCCCACAUACUUCUCCCCUAACCAAAAAAAUUCAAUUGAUAACAAAUUAGGGUUCGUGUAGGGUUAGGGGACGGGUAAGUGCGCUGUUGCUAAGGUACUAACAUUGAUCCCUUUAAUUUUUACGCAGUUCAUUCUGGUAGUUUGCAGAAUGCCUGCGUAACUUUUACCAACAUUCUUUUUUUUACGCAGAACAUUUUCCUCGGCGAGGACAUCCGUAAACAACUUCCUAGAGAGUCAGCAGAAUUUGAUGAUGUGAACGCGAACUGGAAGGUUUGGCCAUUUGAUAAAUAUUGGUGUAGCAAGGGGGGGGUUGUUUAAUACUGGGGCUUAACAAGGGGGUCCCAAGGAUGAAAGUAACUGCUUCUAAUAAUCUACAAUAUACAAAUUAUAGACCUCCAAGUAUUAAAGAAAAAUGCUAAUCCGAGGAGUCUAAAUGGCCUGGGAUAUUUCAAUGCUAGAUUCUCCAUUAGCUGUUUUUUUCGCCGUCUGAAUACGAGCCCGCUGAUACGAAAGGUAGAGCAACGGCAUAAGCUAAUUCACGCGGCAGGCGCGCGGCAAUUUAGUUCGUAACUGUGACCCCACUUCUUUGGUUAUAAGUGUUACGAAUGCCUGCCAGUUGAGAGAAGUCUUGAUAUUUUUUUCUUUUUCAAAAAGGUGAUCAUGCAAAGACUGAACAAGGAUAAUAAUGCGUUGAGAGGCACUCACCAUCCAGGUAAAGUGCACUUUUCUACUCGACUCAUUUCAAAGAACGUCGAAUAUUGUGAGGCUCUUGGCUUCAUGCCGACUAACCUUCGCUUUGUUUCUCAUUAAAGGUUUUCAUUUACUUUACAGGCUUGCUCGAUACACUAAACGACAUGAAUCUGAAACUAGAAGAGAUUCAGAAGUCACUGGAUAUGUACUUGGAGACGAAAAGGCAGAUUUUCCCUCGCUUCUAUUUCUUGUCUAAUGACGAUCUUCUGGAGAUACUGGGACAAUCUAAAAACCCUGAAGCUGUGAGUAGCAUCGUUGAGACAUAAACUGAGUCGAUUUAUUGUGCUUGCCCUAAUUUUCAUUUCACAAUCUUCCAUUUUAUUUUGCAGGUUCAACCUCACUUGAAAAAAUGUUUCGACAACAUUAAGUCACUGAAGAUGGCAAAGGUGAAAAAAAAAUGAAUUGAGAUCUUGUUUUUUGUUAUUAUUUACGAUCGAGGCCGAUUGAUUGAAAGAACCAUGGUGAGCCGCUUUGUGACCCUCUUGACUUUGUUUGCGUGAUUGCUUCAACAGAUGGGUAUCACACAGAAGACAGAGGCAGUUGGAAUGUUCUCUGCAGAAGGUGAAUUUGUGGAGUUUGGACAUUCUGUUCUGCUGGAAGGACCAGUUGAGGUGUGAACCGAACUUAUACUUGCAGCAACUCCAAUAAUUUCACCCAUUACGGGACAUUUUUCGCUAUUCACAAGGGUGUCACUUUUCUGGAAAACCUUGCUGAAGAUGGCGCUGAGCAUUUCAGGUCAUCUACAUAGAUACAUUCAUCCUGUGCAUUUUUUUUUUUUUGUUCCUUGAUAAGUCACACAUCAAGGAAGAAGUUUUUCAUAAUGGUUUUUUUUCAUUAAUACUGCCAAGGAAAGCUAUUUAAGGGAAAAACUGCCAAAGAGUACUUGUUGACUUGGUUUACUACAUGGUCGUACAAGAUGUUGAUUGGUAUUGAAAGAUCCAUUUUUCUCUACACACAUGCCACUUGCAUGGUGUUGAAGCUUUGAGUUGUUAGUGUCCAGCCUUUACCAGUAAGAUUAAAAACUGGUUGUCAGUUUUUGUUGACCCGCAUAAAGCAACAUUUUGAAUCAUCAGGAUGCACUUAGUCUACGUCGCCUUUAUUAUGGAGUACAGCAUUAAGAUACGGACAAAAUCACGGGAGGGUACCCCUUAAUCUAGAGGGAACAGCGGUGUAUUUUCUUAUACAUAUAAAACUAGCGGGGUUCAAGUCUUUAAAUUAUUUAUUUGAUGUUUGCUUCGUCCUUUUCAGGCGUGGCUGUGCGACGUGGAACGAAGCAUGCGCUGGACUCUAAAGGAACUGCUGAAGCAGUGCAGGCUCGCCUUGAAGAAGAACACCAGUAAGCGUGACAAAUGGGUGAAAGAAUGGGCAGGGCAGGUAAAUAGAUCUUGUUGCAAGUACGUUGAUUACAGAUUUGUUGACGCUUUUAUAUAUUUACAUGUAAGAACAGUAAGAUCAAAGAGACACAGUGCCUUAUUGUGUUCAAGUCUCAGGGAAGGCAGCUUAAUCUCGUAAUUCCUCUCCCUCCCAUGAACGUGAAAGAAAUGUUUCGAACAUUGAUAAUGAGGUUCCUUUUAAAUUUGUCACAGUUGACCAUAACUUCAAGUCAGAUGCAAUGGACAAGUGAUUGCACGAAGGCGUUGGCCAGCACUAAAGAAAGAGGAGACAAGAAAGCUUUGAAGAGUUUGAAAAAGAAGCAGGUGAGAAUUUCGUAUUGUUAUUUCGAGUUCAUUUAUUGCGUCUUCCGUGCUUCAAACUGUUUGUUUGUGUUUACUUUUAUUCUCCUUUUUUUUUCUUUGUGAUUACUUCGGUUUUUAUCACUCAGUUGAAAUGCAAUGCAAUCGAGGAGAAUAUGCCGUUUUUCCAAUGACAUCUCCGAAAGAUCAGAUGACAAAGUCCUAUCGAUUAAGGACAACGACAACGACAACAAUCAUAGGCCUCGGCGUCGUCAGGAAAAUACUAGCGACAUUUAUUCCUCACAUUCUUAAUCACUUGCAUCCCACUUCCUCAACCCAACCCCGGAUUUAUCCGAAUCAUGACUGACAUCAACCUUUUCUCACAGAUUUCUAUGCUGAACAAAUUCUCUGAGAUGAUUCGUGGCAAUUUGACAAAGAUCCAGCGGCAGAAGAUUGUUGCUCUCGUCACAAUUGAGGUUCAUGCCAGGGAUGUGAUUGAGAAGAUGAUCAAAUCAGGGUGUGGUGACGUGACGGCCUUUGAGUGGCUCAGUCAGCUGAGGCUGUAUUGGGACAAGGUUUGUAAGAAACUAUAUGACACCGACUGUUUCAUUUCUGACUGAUUUUCCUUGUGGUCUUUGUAACUUUGACACAGUCAGAAGCUCUCUAUAUAACACCAGCUUCAGUCCAUCGUUAAAAAAAAAAUCCUUUUUCCUGGAGUUCGAGCUCCUUUAAUUAAGAUGUAAUGAAUGUAUUCAGUUACUCACAAAAUGUAGCUGUAAAUAAAGCCUUUGAAAGGUCCCAAACACCAGACACAAAGAAAUGACGGCAAUGAUUCAUUAACUGGGCGACUAUGCAGGCCGUCACUACUUUAAAUUUAAUAUUUCAUUUCUGUUUUGUUUUUCGAUUUAGGACAUUGAUGACUGCGUUGUGCGGCAAACGAACACUCAAUUUCAAUAUGGUUAUGAAUAUUUGGGAAAUUCUGGACGGCUUGUGAUCACACCCCUCACGGACAGGUUAGAUUAAAGAAGAACAGAGUAUUUGUAGCGCUACAGUGAGAAAGGAACAACGUGAAAGACUUAAUCCCUCUUAAGGCCUGUGCUCUAAUGAUAGAACAAUUUUGUGGUUGCUCUAGAAAACUCGCGCCAUCCUCUAAGCCAGUCAGAUUCAGCACGAGAACCAAUUGCUACGUAGUAACUCGUGCUUUUCCGAACUUCAGACAGUUAGCUUGUUUUAACUUUGCGUCUUUUAACUCCCCACAGAUGUUAUAUGACUCUGACAACAGCUCUCCAUCUUCACCGUGGUGGUAGUCCCAAGGGCCCUGCGGGUACAGGCAAGACCGAGACCGUCAAGGAUCUUGGAAAAGCUCUUGGAAAUUACGUCAUCGUCGUCAAUUGUUCAGAGGGUCUGGACUACAAGUCAAUGGGGCGCAUGUACAGUGGACUGGCUCAGGUACGGUUUUAUAAAUUGGAUAAAGACGCGCUUCUGAUAUCGAAAAACCCCGUAACUAAGCGGCGCUGUGUGAAGUCGAGCCUGCGUUCCAAAUGCCUUUGCCAUUCAUUAACAUUUGGUCAAAUGAGGCAAACUACUAGACUGCCAGAUUUAAUUACUUUGUAACCAACUUCACCUUUAUAUCUCGUAUGUAGACUGGAGCAUGGGGCUGCUUUGACGAGUUCAACCGCAUCAACAUUGAAGUAUUGUCUGUAGUGGCGCAGCAGAUUCUGUCCAUUCUGUCUGCUCUGUCGGCCGGUGCUACACGAUUUGUGUUUGAGGGACGUGAGAUUAACUUGGUCUGGUCGUGUGGAAUCUUCAUCACUAUGAAUCCUGGUAAAAUAAAAUUUCUCCUAUAACUCUAGAAUCUUCAUCCACUAUGAUAUCUCUGUGACUUUCAUGCCUUUGCUUGUUACAUUCUAACGCUUUUCUUGGGCAUUUUCAUGGUGAUUCGGUCUCCAAAAUUUGACUUUUGGGUUUCUGUUUAUGGCGAGAUUGUGUAGACUCGUUUUUCGGCUACAGAAAGCGAAGAGGAGACGAAUGUAUUUGUUUUCCCUCAUACAGGCUAUGCUGGUCGAACUGAGCUUCCGGACAACUUGAAAAGUAUGUUCAGACCAAUAUCAAUGGUCGUACCGGAUUCAGCCAUGAUUGCAGAAAUUAUCCUAUUUGCGGAGGGUUUUAAUAACACAAAGGUCAGUUUUAUGGAAUUGAAGAUAUUUCUUUUCAAAAAGAACCCGCAAUUUAGCUUGUUAAUUGCGUUCAGCGUAAAUAAGCUCGUUUCUUUUUUCUAGAGUCACUCGCUGAAGAUACGUCUGGCGCUUCAGCUGACAGUUUCGUGUUCGAACGAAAAAAAAAUGAAAAAAGGACAUAGGAUUGCGUUCUGUUUACCUUGCAGAACUAUUACGCUUGGCAGAUUAUCUUGAUCUCAAAAAUACGUUUUUCCAGGCAAUACUCUUUUGGGUCUGCUUUCGUCCGAGAGUUUUUUUCUUUCGAUUUGUGUUGGUGAUAUGAGUUUGGGUGGCAAAAUUAGAUUCAAGGGAAGAUUAAAUUAAGAUUAAAGUUUAUGUAAAACACCGAGUCACAAAUGAAGUUUGUGGUACAAAAGCCACCAAUUAUAUUUUGUCUCGGUCUUGAAUAAAGGAUGCAGAGGAAAUUUAUCAAUUUUCCUUUUUAACAGGUGCUUGCUAGGAAGGUUCACACGCUCUAUUCCUUGGCGGUACAGCAGCUGUCCAAACAAGAUCAUUAUGACUUUGGUCUGAGGGCUCUGACGUCCGUGUUGAGAUAUGCUGGUAAAAAGAAGAGAGCGAACCCUGACAUGUCUGAUGAAGAGGUAACUAGAUAUUUACUAUUCAGAGCACACGUUUUGAAGGUGCUGCAGUGAAGGAUAUUAUUGUAGUUCUUUGUAGAGACUAAUAUAUUCUCUGGCUUUUCGUGGUUGGUAACAUGAUGGUCAAACAUUUGUUUCUUAUGUUUUCCUUUGAAAGUUUGCGCAGAAAAUGGGCGCACGGCCAGUAAAAAUUGAUCCCGGUGCAAGUCCUUUGCGUUUAACCGCCUCGUCGGGGAUUUAGUACGAUUGUAACAUACCUCUCCGUGACCCACCAGGUUGUCACCACUUUUUUCUUGUCAUCAGUCCCUUUUCAUCUCCACCCUUCUCCUGAUACACUUAUCCCUGCAUUUUCCAUUUUUCCUCUUUGCCAAUUCUUUGUUUAGGCGGAAUGGCAGCAAAGCAAUGAAACCGUAGGUGAAAACUUGUGGAAUUGAAUUGGAAUGAAAAUUGAGAAAAUCUAUGAACUGACAAUACUUCAGACAAUACGUAAGCCCUAUUAUGGCGGAGCUCGCAGAGCGUAGCCCCAUUAUUAUAUAAAAUAGUAGUAACCACUUAAGCCGAAAAAAUUUGGAUGUACGACCGUACAACCGUACAAGGUGCUACUUUUAACAUGCGUGGUCAACUGCUCCGCGGGUAUGCCAUCGCCAUGGCUUUGUCCAGUAGUCCAGUGGUCAGUGCACUGGGCUCCGAGUCGGACGACCCGGGAUCUAGUCCUGGUCGGGGCAAGGCCCUCUGAACGUAAAAAAUAUUAUAUGCUUUUAUUCGGCUAAAAUAUAUUGAGAACAAGUUAAAAUUUUAACCCUGGAUUAUCGCUUGCGCCUUUUGAACAUCCGAGCCCCGUAGAUUCUUAAAUUAACUUCUGGACUACCUGCCCUUUAGUGACAACCCCGCGGAAAAAAUCAUUUUUCACUUAUCGCUGUUUUGACUUUCAUCAGAUUCUCCUUCUGUCCAUGAAAGACAUGAAUGUAGCCAAACUGACGUCACAGGAUCUGCCUUUGUUCAAUGGAAUCGUGUCUGAUCUGUUUCCUGGAGUCGAGACGCCCACGAUUGACUAUGGCAAGGUAACUCGUUGUAAAAUCUUACACCCAACCUUUCCUUUUUUCCGUAAUAACUUAUCAUCUACAGGUGACGAAAAUUGUUGAUAAUAACUCGUUGAAUUUUCAAUUAUUACCCAGUUACGCACUGCUAUUGAAAAAGAUGUCAAAGAGGCAGGCCUCAAACCACACCCGUCAACCAUUCUGAAGGUGAUUCAGCUAUACGAGACAAAGAACUCCAGGUGUGUUGCAUGCAGUGUAUAGACCACUGUUAUCACUACUUGACGUUGCUGGUUUGUUUCCGUGUUAAAUUUCUCGUUCGCAAUCUCAGGGGUUUCACUAACUUUUAGCGUUUUUGGAACCCCUGAAUCUGCAUACAGAGUCUACUUCAUUUUUACCUUACCUUGCUUUUGUGGACCUAUCACCAUCUACAUGUUAGUUUUCUUUCUUGGCAAACAGGAUCAUCUUUCUAGUUCAGGGUUUAAGUAUUUUGACGUUACGUUGAAGCUUUUGAUCUAUACGAUACUGCAUUAGUGCUAACGUUACAGAAUUUUAAAGAAGUGAAUACAAAUUUAGGGCCUGCUUCUUCACUGUUGGAGAUAGUUUUUUAGCAUGUAACAUAGAUUUUUUUCUCCUCUUUAAGACAUUCUACCAUGUUAGUCGGCCAGACAGGCUCAGGAAAAAGUGUUUGUUGGAAGAUUUUGCAAGCAGCUAUGACACGAUUGAAGAGAGAUGGUGACUCAAACUUUAACAUUGUCAGGGUUAGUUAACCUUAUUUAUCGUUGUGUACAGUGGAGUCACGACAUAUAAAGGGUAUAAAAUGGCCACGCGUGGAAAUCUUCGAGUGUGGAUGAUAUGUCUCAUUAUUAUUUACUAAAACAGUGCAUCGAAAGGUUAUACUUUAUGGUAGAAUACCUUUCAAUAGUUAUCUCUUUUUUCCGUUUUCAUUUAAACUUACAUAUUUUUUAAUUCUUCAGGAAUUUCCCAUUAACCCCAAAGCCUUGUCCCUUGGUGAACUUUACGGAGAGUUUGAUCUCAACACAAACGAGUGGACCGACGGAGUACUCUCCAGUGUGAUGAGACUCACAUGCUCAGGUAAGUAUUGGCUGUCACCUCUCAAUUGUUUCACAUGAACAACGAAGCUUUCUUUUCUUUAAUGUAUUUUCUCUCAGUGUUUCUCUUCUACCAUCGUAAAUCGCUGUCGUGCAAAAUGAGCGAAAGAGAAUUGAUUCGUUCGUAGAAAUCUGCAAAAGGAAUCAAAAGAAGGGAAAAGAAAAACUGCAGACUUUUCGAACACAAAUCUUAUUCAUCAAGUACGGGCAUCCUGUUGAUUUAUCGUUCUGUUUUGAGCUUUAACAUAGAAGUUGUGCGUUUCUAAAACACCGUAAGUUACUUGCUUGUGUAGUUGUUUGUAACUCGUGCGCGACAACUUGAUUGUGAAAGCCUGAAAACACGCCACCUAGUUAUUACAGCGUUUACCCAUGCGCAGACGUUUGACUGCUGUAUUCAAUCCACGUGGGCUUUUUUCUUUUGAAUUUUCUGACGUCAUAUGCGCGAGUGUGAAUCGUUUGAUUAUGACGCAAGCCAACACUCAUCGGUUAUUGGAAACAAUUUGACGCAUGCAAAAUGUCGAAGAUAGGAAACUUGUUCUACAAGAUAGCUUAUUCAAGAGCAAGGAAACUUAAAACAUAACUUAGAAAUGCGCUUAAAACGUAGAGCGGGAUAAACUAAUCUUUACUCUUAUUUCUACCGGGACAGGCAAAAAAAGUAUCACCUCCUAGGGACCCGUCUUUUUCUCAAGUGAUCUUUAAAUCUUCGUCGCAUAAGUUCAGAGAGAUAAAAAAGGACACUCACAAAAGAGUCGUAAUAAGCCAAGAAAGAACAAGAAUUGGUUUGAAUUCUCUUCUCGCAUUUUGUGUUUUCAGAUGAGAGGCCAGAUGAAAAGUGGAUUCUGUUCGACGCUCCCGUGGAUACGUUGUGGAUUGAGUCCAUGAACUCUGUUAUGGACGACAACAAAGUGCUUACUCUUAUUAAUGGCGAACGUAUAGCCAUGCCUGAUCAGGUUAGAUGCCUUGCCAAUUCGAGUAGAUCUUUUUAUGUGUGCCCUCUGGAAAGCUUAGAGUAAUUUUCAGCGGAGAGUCGAGAGAAGUCUAGGAUUGCAUUAGUUUUGCUUCCCCUCGCCUCUGUGUAAUUGGUCCUGAAAACUUGCGCCACUCGUUUAACUAAUCAGAUGCUAAACCAAAACUAGUCGUGUUUACUGUGAAUUCUUAAUGAUUCUUACCAACAUAUUUCUCAGCUAUCGUUAGCCGUUGUGAUUACGUACGCACUUUCUUCAGCCAAUCUAAUGCAGAGCCGAAACCCUUCGAAAAUUAAUCUGCACGCUUUUCGUAGUCCUUUAUGACAACCAAUAGAAAAACUCAAUAAAAACUGCUAAACAUGGGAAGAUCUUUGUAUAAUUAUAGCAGAUUAUACAUGUCAAGGGAUUUUGAUUUUUCUUUGAUGGGUUGUUUUUGUUUUUAAGGUUUCCUUACUAUUCGAGGUAGAAGACCUUGCUGUAGCAUCUCCUGCCACAGUCAGUCGAUGUGGUAUGGUUUUUUCCGAUUACAAAGAUCUUGGAUGGCAGCCCUACGUUGAUUGCUGGCUGGACAAGAGAACGGAUAAGGUACAUGUUUUUUUGUACUUGAGACUUGCUAACUGUUUGUUUGUCUUCAUACUUUUGUGUACAGGGAGACUUUAUCACUUUAUCCUUUGUCCUCGACAUCUCAAACAUAAAACCAGUGGUUCCAUAAGCGAAAUACCAACGAAAAUUGUAGGCUCGACUAAGACCAAUUUGUAGUUAUCUUCAGUUACUUUAUCGCAUGAAACUGUUUUAAUUUUUAUUUUUAACAGCAAUCCGUGGAGCACCUUCAGAGGUUGUUUGAGAAGUUUGUUCCUAAAGUGUUGGAUUUUCGAAGACACCACUGCAAGGAACUCGUUCCCACCUCCGAAUUAAACUCUGUUGCGUCAUUGUGUGUUUUGUUUGACGCACUAGCCACAGAGGAGAACGGGGUUAGUAUUCAUAGUUCAUACCAGCUCAGAGACGGAGUCAAAUUAUUAUGAUGUCAGUUGGACAUUGUAACUUUUACUAUUAACAAACAAAUUUAUAAUUAACAGACAGGAAGCUGACCCUUUUCUCACCAACAUUGGUACAUAAGUUUAUCACUAUCACACUUGACUACUGUCAUGACCUAUUGUAUAGUUCAGCGAGGUAUCCACUGUACAAAGUACAACCUGUCCCGAAUGCUAGUGCACGCCGAGUUUACUGUCCCUCGAAAUCAUGUCACAUCACACCUUUGCUUUGCGAGUUGCAGUGGCUACUUGUUUACAAUCGCAUAAGAUAUAAAAUAAUCCUCAUAUUUAAAAUAUUGCAUGGCAUGGUGCCCGAGUAUUUGAGUUAUUCAAUAUCCAUAUCACCUCCGAUAAUCAAAGACGCAAGUUUUAGCAAUUUUCAAUUGGGUGUCGGAAGUUGUGUUGUUUUGCUUCACUUUGCUCAGUGAUUGAUGGCGGGACUUGAAACUCGCGAAACUUUAAUUUACAUGGUCGUGCUUUUUCUUUUUUCCUUAUUUUUAGGUUCAUCCACAUGAAGACAGCUACCCUCGCAUGAUCGAGCUGUGGUUCUUGUUCUCAUUGAUUUGGUCUAUUUGCGCGUCUGUAGACGAAGACAGCAGAAAGAAAAUGGACAAUUUCCUUCGAGAAAUCGAAGGUCAAUUUCCCGCAAAGGUAUGUAGGUUGAACAGGAUGGAGAACUUAUUUAUUCAACAAAAAUUAUUGGGGGGAGGGGGAGAGGAAAGAUUAAAAGGAAAACGAUAAAUUGUGCUCCUUAUUGUCGUAAAAGACUUCGCAAAUUUCAGAACAUGAAAAAGAAAAUUCCUCUUUUCUUUAGACUUUGAAGAUAAAAUGUUAGGAAAGGAAGAAGGAAGACUUCAUUGCAUGGAAAUUGUAUAUGUUUGAUGAUUGGCACACUUGGCAUUUUAAACAAUGAACCAAGUUUAUAUAUUGGCAAAUAUUGCAUCCUUGCUCAUAAAAGACCUCCUUGUGGAAGACUGAACGACUGUAAUGCACUCUGUUUUGUUAUAGGAUACAGUAUAUGAGUAUCAUGUGGAUACGAAACAGAAGGCUUGGGCUCUGUGGGAGGACAAACUCAGGACAGGUUGGCGAUACACGCCCAAGUAUGUGGAAAAGUCAUUUGUAUUGCUUUCCAUAAUUAAUUUUUAGUGAAAUAAAUUUUAUUUAACCUGCGGGUGAAAAUUGUGUUAAGCAACGAUCCUUGUAUAUACGUGGAUGAGCCGCAAUUUAAGCAGUUGCAGCAAAGAAACGUGAAAAAAAUUCGGGCUUCGACGUGAUUGGAACCCACGUCUCCCAAAUACUAGGCGGGCGUUACUAUCAACUGAGCUACGAAGCCACACUUUGGGAUUGGGGCAUACUUUAGAGGGUUCUUCUUUCCCGUGGAGGAAUCUAAUCAUAAAUUUUGAUGAAAUCAAUUUCAUUCAUUUACUAUUGCUACGUAACGCAUUACUCUACUUUCAUAAAGCUGUUGUUCAGUUAGGAAAUACCCACUACUCCGUCUGAGAGUGACGGUUCAUCACAGAUAUUAGAUGAUGUUUGGUUCCUUUGAGUAAAAUUAGUGUAACUGCCUACCACGAGUCUCCCAUAGCUAAGCGAUUGGAGCCUCCGAAGUACUUAGCAAAAGGUCGUAGGUUGGACUCCUAUUGGGAGCACCUCGGGGUUCUUUUUCUCCGAGUAUGUCUGUUUCAUUCACUGAACAACAUCUUCUUGCAGCUAAAAACCUGUUGGUUCAAAAAUCUGCACUGCCUUUAAUACUAAAGUUUAAAAGAAACCAUUCUGCUAUUGCUUUGAACUUUAUUAUUUUUUUUUCAUGUAUUUUCCUAGCAUGCCAUUUUAUAAGAUCAUGGUCCCGACAGUUGACACAGUGCGGUACGACUUCUUGGUGUACAGUUUACUGCAGGCUAAGCGGCCUGUCCUUCUAACGGGACCCGUAGGAACUGGAAAGACUUCCUUAGCACAGAAAGUGUUGCAGAGACUGGAUCCCAAGACCUACAGUCUUUUGGUUAUAAAUAUGUCUGCACAGGUACAGUGUACGAUGAAGUUGAGAGUUAAGUUUCAGGAUUAAUAAUAUACAUGCACUGAUUGGCUGGAAACGAGUGCAUUUUUCGUAUAACACGAGUGCAAAGUUGUGACACGAGUGCAAAUUACAAAUAGCUCUCGCCUUACGGGCUCGUGUAAUUUUGUUGCCUUUAAAAAAUUUACUCGUGCUUAUUAACACCAAAUUGCACUCGAAAUCAUAUUGUUACCAAUACUUAUUUUUUACCGUGUUCUCUUUUGAAUUCUCUUGUUAUUUGGGUAUCUGGAGAUCAUACAAUGACCAGUAGAGUGCGGCUUUUUCCGUGGAGGUGUUGUUUUCAUUGACUGUAUUCUUUUCCUUAGACUUCCUCGAACAACGUUCAAGAGAUCAUCGAGAGCAAAGUUGAGAAAAGAACAAAAGGUAUGUCAUAUUUUUUAUCAAGCAAAUUCUCCCAACUUUUCCUUAUGUUUAAUGGGGUGCAUGCCAGGAGAAUUUCAUAUUUAGUAAUUCUAAUUUGAAAAGCAGCGUUUCCUGUGUGCCUAAGUUCGUUUCGGAUUUGUUGUGUGGGAAUGGGAGGGGGGGGGGGUUUAAAAAUUGACGCUUUGAGCUUGGCGGGGUGGGGGUCAGGGUUAUUUUUGGUUACAGGACAAUAAUUAACAGAUUGGUUGUUGUUCAGGCAUUAAUUUUGUUUUAAUUGCUGACUCAUCUCUUUGUUCAUUUUUCUCUGAGACUUUUAUUUUUCUCUGAGAUUUUUUUUUCGAUUUUCGAAUCAAUGUAUGUUAUUGUGUGUUUAUCAAGGUGUCUACGUGCCUGUUGGUGGCAAACAGCUGAUCAACUUCAUGGAUGACUUCAACAUGCCCGCUAAAGACACAUUUGGUUCGCAGCCACCCCUUGAACUUAUUAGGCUGUGGUUAGAUUAUGGCUUUUGGUAUGAUCGACUCAAGCAGACCGUGAAGUACAUAAAGGUAAGUGUAAUAAUUGCACUCUCUACUCAGAAAUGUAAUACUCCGUUUCAUGAAUGACAGACUGGGCCACGAUACAACAACACAUUUGUUUCACUGUAGCCGUGUCUUUUUCGAUUUUCCUCUUUGGUCGUGAUUCGAAAUUGCAGACCCCAACCACAUUGUGUUUCGUUGUCACUCUAAAUGAUUGAAACAAUGUUUUGAUUGAGUGUCGAAAGUCCAGUCCAGUAUUUCAUUGUUGUUGCUUUUCCCCACUGUGUGAUUGGUCUAUAAAACUUGCACCACUUAUAAUACUCGCGCCACCUUCCCAAAGAAUCAUUGCAUUGUUUUUUCUUUUCCCCGCUUUUAUAUUGGUCUAGAAAUCUUGCGCCAUCCUCCUAGCCAAUUGUUGAAUUGUUGUUGCUUUUCCACGCUGUGAGCUCUUUUUACUUGGACUUAAUCGACGGAACCUUGUGAUAUCUACAUUGGUUCAGACUGGUUUUUAUGUAUACUUUGGUGUUUGUAAUGUGACACUCAAUUGAGAUGCGCUCAAUAGAAAGAUUUACUUGUAAACCAUUGUAGCUCGUUUACAUUCGUCCUCUCACUGUUGUUUAACAGGGCAUGCAUUUGUUGGCUUCCAUGGGUCCUCCGGGCGGUGGCAGGAUGGUGAUCUCCAAGAGACUGCAGAGCAGGUUUAACCUGAUCAACAUGACUUUCCCUCAGGUAGAUAAAUAUGCGUUAUUGACCAACCGUGAGGUCAAGAUGACUGGGAACUGGCCGAGUUCUAUUUUUCGCGAGACGAAGUCGAGGUCCAUGAAGUCGCAAAUUAAGAACGAAGUUAAUAUACAGCCAUCUUGACCAAACAGGCCCGGUCAAUAAAGGAUUUAUUACAACGCAUAAAGAUUUCGCUUCAACAAGAAUCUUGAAUGACUUGUUUAUUUUCGAGCGCUUGCAAAGAAAGCCAACUGUGAUGGCGUGUGCUUGUUUAUGUUUUCUUUUUUUUGACUGUCUUCUGACACUUCUUGUGAUUCCAUUUCCAGCAUUGUCCAGAAAUUACGAACUUUGAAAGUCCGCUCCAUGCAUCUUUCCCACAGGCGCUACCAGCUAUAUGAUAAUAGGAAAUAUCUCACCAUAGCGGGUUUUUGCGCCCAUCAAUUGUAUGCCACCUUCUAAAGUAGCUUAAAUUAGGGUUUAAUGAGAAAACUAUGAACCUGGUAGUCGUUCCCGGCGCUCUGCGCAGGAUCUAUGGAAAUAGCCUGUUGUGUUCUUAAACAGGAAUAGAUUUGCUCACCUGUCAGUACUCCGCUGUAUCAGGCAUGGCUGCAAGAUUUGUGUAGGAGUUAUUAUCUUAACAGUUCAGUUUGUCACUUAUUACUCGCUGUUUUCAGGAAAGUCAAAUCAAGCGUAUUUUUGGCACCAUGAUCAACCAGAAGCUGCAGGACUUUGAAGAAGACGUCAAGGCUCUUGGUGAUCUCAUGACCCAGGUGAUUGACUUCGCCCAUAAUUAUACUGGGUUGGCGCUUGGUUAUUUAUGAUUCCACAAAAAUUGGAGAAUUACUGAGAUUGUUUACAUUUUUGUGUUCUUUUUAGGCAACCAUUGAUAUCUACAACGCCAUCGUUGCCAGAAUGCUUCCGACUCCUACCAAGAUACAUUACCUUUUUAACCUAAGAGACAUUUCAAGGGUAUUUACUAAUUAUGGUUAAAGUAUCUGGAAUCUAGAAAGUACUGUCUCAACUCAGCGGUGAAGCAAACGUCGGGCAUGCACAAGGGUAUAAUUUUGGCUGCCCGCGCGCCAAUUUCCCGAGCAAAAUUAUAAAUGAUUAUAAACACCGUGAGUACUGGUUUGUAAGGUUGUUUGUAACUCGUGUGAGACAACUUGGUUGUGAAAGCCUGAAAACGCGCCACCUAGUUAUGGCACAUGCGCAACGUUUGACCGCUGUGUUAAAUCCACGUGGGCUUUUCUCUUUUGAAUAUUCUGACGUCAUAAGCGCGAGCGCUAAUCGUUUUAUUAUGACGCAAGCCAAAACCUUGGAAUAUUAGAGAUGGCUUAACGCAUGCAAUAGGAAACUUAUUCAACAAGAAAGCUUAUACAAGAACAGGGAAACUUUGAACAUAAUUUAGAAAUGCUCUAAAAACGUUGACAUUUGACCGCGUUUUUCUCGUCUCAAGCUCAGGUUUCUUUUGAACUUUGUUUUCGUUUCCUUAUCUUGCAUACGUACGUGAUAUUUUCUCUUUCUUUACUAAAGGUAUUUCAAGGCUUACUCCGCGCUAACAAAGACUUCCAUGACACUAAGACAGCAAUGUCCAGACUCUGGGUUCAUGAGUGCUUCAGGUGAAAAAAUUUGGUUCUGAUAAUCAUAAAAUGAUUGAGAAAGGGGUGAUUUGUGCUAGUUUUUACAUGCUUUCACUCAUGAAGAUCUGGGUCAGUUAAAACACUUCAUUACAUAGUUCAUGGUACUUUGCCACUUUGGUCAGUCGUUUUGCGUCAACUUUACAAGUUUCGAGUAGACAGAAUUCAAAAUAUUUUGUGUUAUUUAUAACAUUUCAAGACGUGUGUCGCAAAAUGUUCAAAAUACAUUGUCUAAGAUGUUUUUAGUUUGAGAGGAGGAAUAUCUUGUUCUCCUUUGUAUUCAGUUGAUCCACAUAGUAAAUCAGUGGAGCAAAAACAGCAUCCACGAUAAACGUGCAUUCGGAGUAUGUUUUCGUUAUCUUAUGUGAUUAUUUUUUUUUUUUCAGAGUAUUCUCUGAUCGUCUUAUUGAUGCAGGGGACCACGAAGCCUUUGUGGCACUUUUAAGUGAUAAGCUUGGAACGAUGUUCGACCUGACUUUCCACAACCUCUGCCCUAACAAACAACCGCCAAUUUUCGGUUAGUCACUUUCCUUAACGAGAGGAUUUUUGACAGAAUUCUUUACGACCAUAGGAACGUCACACUCUGUUGUCGAAACACAAAAAGUAUUUGUUGCAAGACAAUUUUUAGUUGAAGUCGAAAGGCGUCAAAGGUUUCAUUGUUUUUGUUUCUUGUGAUAAAUCCACAAAACUAGCACCAUAAUGUUAAUUGAGAAGACCCUGCGAUUAUUUUUUUAGAAUAGUUUUCAUUACUCGUGUCGAGAUAGGCAGCCAGUUAAUUUUAAUUUUCCAGUUUAAUUUAAUUUUAAAGCAAAGCUUCAUAUCGUACUUUUGAAAGUGUUUCGACAAACGUAGUAGCAACUUUCGUUCUGUUUGGAAUUCAAUUUUCUUUAUCACGUUAAACACUUCGGUAACAUUGACAAAAUGCGAGGCAGCCACUUUUGAAAUUCGAGGCCUUUCUCUGCUCACCCAGUGCGAGGUAAUUAUUGCAAAAUAUGACGCAAUCCUCGACCAAUCAGAGCUGGAGAAUCUCUACGAGUAUACUGAAACGACUUAGCCACUCGCGUAGUUCCGCGCACCACCCAGCCUCAUAUAGGCUUGAGCUUUUAGACCAGACAGCGUAGCAAAGUGUAACCAACGCGAUUCUUUAUUGAUGAUGCGAUUUGAUUAAAACCUGCCUCUUUAUAAAGUUCUUAUGCUCGUCUGAGACAUUGUGUGGAUGUAGCUGUCUUUUGCAAUGAUGCUUACAUUGAGUGCACUCUACAGGUGACUUCAUGAAAGAUGGCGCCGUGUAUGAAGACAUGAUGGACUUCAAGGCGCUCAAGAAAUACAUGGAAGAUCAGCUGGAGGAUUACAACAUGGAACCAGGGGUGAUUUCCAUGGAUCUUGUGCUCUUCAGGGACGCUAUUGAACAUGGUAAGAAGUUGUGGUGGUAUAUCUGUAUCAGUGUCAGUAUCUGAGAAACUGUGCACCAACCCCUCCCCUAACCUAGCAUGAACCGUAACUUGUUAUCAGUUGACUGUUAUUGGGUUAAGGGAGGGGAAGGUACACCAUCAGUUGAUUGUUAUCGGGUUAGGAGAUGGGAAGGUACGCUAUCAGUUGACUGUUAUUGGGUUAAGGGAGGGGAAGGUACGCUAUCAGUUGACUGUUAUUGGGUUAAGGGAGGGGAAGGUACGCUAUCAGUUGACUGUUAUUGGGUUAGGGGAGGGGAAGGUACGCUAUCAGUUGACUGUUAUUGGGUUAAGGGAGGGGAAGGUACGCUAUCAGUUGACUGUUAUUGGGUUAAGGGAGGGGAAGGUACGCUAUCAGUUGACUGUUAUUGGGUUAAGGGAGGGGAAGGUACACCAUCAGUUGAUUGUUAUUGGGUUAGGAGAUGGGAAGGUACGCUAUCAGUUGACUGUUAUUGGGUUAAGGGAGGGGAAGGUACGCUAUCAGUUGACUGUUAUUGGGUUAAGGGAGGGGAAGGUACGCUAUCAGUUGACUGUUAUUGGGUUAGGGGAGGGGAAGGUAUGCUAUCAGUUGACUGUUAUUGGGUUAGGGGAGGGGAAGGUACGCUAUCAGUUGACUGUUAUUGGGUUAGGGGAGGGGAAGGUACGCCAUCAGUUAACUGUUAUUGGGUUAGGGGAGGGGAAGGUACGCUAUCAGUUGAUUUUUAUUGGGUUAGGGGAGGGGAGGGGAAGGUACGCUAUCAGUUGCUCAGAUACUGACAUUGAUCCGCGCAACUAUGUGGCUUCUUCAUUGCUAAGACAGGUGACAUGAUAAACCUAAUAUCUGAGGAAAAAAGUGAAAGAUGUAAAACGGAAUGGCCGUUUUUGCGGAUUGUUCGUGUUCUUGGGUCAUACUAUUAGCUCUCACAUUGCCUCUAAGCAAUCAGGCCUAGGUUGUUUAAAGGGUGGAUAUCGCCAUCCAUUGGAUGCCAAGGAGGAGGGCUUGUUAUGGACUCCCAUUCAGGGGGAGUUACAAUACUCUUAGUCUGACGAAAUGCUGGGGGGCAUACUUUGAACUAGCAUUACGUCCAGGGGGAGUAGCAAGACUUUAAGUCUGACGAAAUACCGGGGGCUUGCUAUGAACUAAAAUCCCAUUCUGGAGGAGUAGCGAUACUUUUCACGUGACGAAAUGCCGGGGAGCAUGCUAUGGACUUAAUUGAAAUACAAGGGGAUUAGCAAGACUCUAAGCCUGACGAAAUACCGGGGAAGGGGGCAUACUAUGAACUAGCAUCCCAUUCAGGAGGAGUCGCACCACUCUUAGUAUGACGAAAUACGGGGGGGGGGGCAUGCUAUGGACUUAGCUUCCCAUCCACGGGGAGUAGCGAAACUCUUAGUCGUUUCUUGUACAGAAACCUGUAUGGGCUCCGGGAUCUACGUAAGUCAAUAUUAAAUGCCGACUUUACUCACGAAUCAGUGUGCACAACUUCAAUGAUCGAUUUGAGAAACAUACUCAUUUCUUUCGGCACAGUGACCCGCAUAAUCCGUGUUAUUGCCCAGCCUCGUGGCAACAUGCUGCUGAUUGGAAUUGGAGGCAGCGGGCGGCAGAGUCUCAGUCGUCUGUCGGCCUACAUCAUCGGCUUCAAGGUGUUCCAGAUAGAAGUCACUAAGCACUACAGGAAGAUCGAGUUCAGGGAGGGUGAGUAACAUUGCAGUGAUAGCGGAAUUCUGAAUGUAGUUUCUAAAGGAAUCUUCGAUUGCUUUGGUCUUAGCAUUGUGAUUAAUUUUGGAUCUCUUGCUGGCCAGCCACACAUCCAACUAGGAGCAAACGUAAAACCAGAAAUGGUCUAUCCCUCGCUCAUUCCCAGUUGUAGAUUUGUUCGAUAAAUUGAGUUAGUUCCCUUUGUUCAAAUCGGCCGUUGCUUUGGUUUGGGUUUUAUGAGACUUCAUAGAGAACUGCUCUAACUAGAUGUCUUGAUACCUCAGAUUUAAAGCGCUUGUAUUACCUCACUGGUGUGGACAACAAACCUACAGUAUUCUUGUUCAACGACACCCAAGCACUGGAAGAAUCUUUCCUUGAAGACAUCAGUAACAUCCUCAGCAGCGGAGAAGUACCAAAUCUGUACAAACCUGAGGAGUUUGAGGAGGUAAGCCUGACUCGUGUUCAUUUGUUUUCACGUCAAUGGAAGACCCCUUUGUGUUUCAUAUGAAUGGCUUGUUUGAUCGCUUUUUGAUUUGAUUUGUGGUCCUUAAGCUGUUUUAUAAUGAGCUACAGUUAUGACACAUUAGAAGCUUGAUUGCGGUCAGUUGUGGAGCGACUGUAGACGGAACAUAGCGGUCAAACCUCUGCGCAUUUGCGAACGUUGUAAUUGCAAGGUAACGCGCUUUCAGGCUGUAAGAACCAAGUUAUCUCCCUCGAGUAACAAACAUUCGGACAUGCCAGUAAGUCACGAAGAAGAAGAAGAGUGUAAAAUUGUUGGUGAAGUUCAAAACUGGUAAAUCAACAGGAUAUCAGUUAGUGAAUAAGCUUUAUGUUCGAAAAGUCUGGAGUUUUCCUUCCCUCUUCGUUUAUUUCCUUUUACAGCUCUUUAUAAAUGCUUCAAUUUUCUUUCUUUUUUUUUUUCUGUUGUGUUUGUGUAAAGUAUUAUGUUGGGAUUCCCUAUGCUAAGAUUAUUGUUUUCGUUUUCCGGCUUCUUUGUCGUCGUGGAAGUCCGGUAUGUUCGUCAGAGGCAAACAGAGCCGCUGAUACCCUCAUGUCCUUGACGGUAUGCACUUACGGCUCAUUUAGAGAUAACAUUCAAGGUUAAGAAGACAGAAACAGAACGCUUUAAAUAUUGAUAACUAUAGCAACGUCAAAUUCUAGAACCUAUCAACAAAAACCUCUCUCUUAAAGUGAAGUUAACCAUAAUCCCUGAUUUAAACUGCACCACACUAACUAACAGUGACAAUGUUAUGAUGUCUCUACAGGUUCGCACUGCUUUAGCAGAAGAUGCUCGUAAAGAAGGCAUUCUCGACAUGCCAGAGACAAUGUUUAAUUACUUUAUUGAGAGAGUCAGGAGUAACCUACACAUCAUUCUGUGCAUGAGUCCAGUGGGUGAUAUCUUCAGGUAGGCUGGUGUAAAUCACGUGGUUUUUUCUGUGUAAUUUUGUUGUAUUUGAUCAGAGCUUAGUAAUAAUUUGUGCAUCUUGAAAAAUGAGCCAAGAUUUUGGUUGAAACUCCGUGUGAUGUUCUCCAUCCUUUGCUUUCCUUUUCAUUUUUUGUUUUUCUAUCCAACUGAACUUGUACAUGCAUUAUGACAAAGCUCCCUCUAUAAUGCGUCUUUUCCGGUGGGUACAUCUUCUCCACUUUUUGCGCGCUCGCCGCUCCUUUCCGCCCAUUUUCUGCAUAUCAUCUGGGUUUUAUUCUUCUUUGUUUCUUUGUUUUUUUUUCUAUUUUCAUUAUUUUACCUCCGAAGUGGUCGUCUUCUUAAUUUUAAUUAAUUUUUCUACUUGAUAUUUUUUUGGGGAAAUUUUGGAUGUCAAAUCAAAUGAUUCAAAAAGCCGUGACAUGCUUUCUUUCAACCCCCGCUUUUUUCCCUCGUGUGUCCAGUUGUAAGGCUUCCGCGUGGAGAAAAUAAAUAGUCAUUUACACGCGAAUCUUCCCAUUUUUAAAUCCCUACUUACCAGAUUUUCUUACCCCAAAAAUCCCGAAAACUUGCCGACAUAAUCAAUCCAGUCGUGAAAAUACGACUUCAUCCAGCGGCACAUCCCUAUCAGCCUAUUACUAGGAAGUACUCCCUCCUCAGGCUUCUGUUCUGAAUUUUCAGGAACCGUAUUCGGAUGUACCCAGCUUUUGUAAACUGUACUACGAUCGACUGGUUCAGUGAGUGGCCUCACGACGCUCUUUUGGAGGUGGCUGAGAAGUAUUUAGAAAGUAUGGACCUGAGCGACGACGAGGUACCUGAAAAUGCACCAUGCUUAGAUUUGCAGUAGCUUAAACAUAGCACAAAACGAUCCGUUUCAAUUUAACUCAAGCUAUGUGUUGAAAGUCUUCUUGUACUUCUGGAGGAGCGAGGAUGUAUUUUCUGUAUUACGAUCUAAGGAAAAAAGGGGACACUAAGAUGUUUAUAUCUGGGUAGAGCAUGCGCAAAUGCAACUGUACUGUAGAAAGAGCCCCUUGAAGUUGUGGACCAUGUUAAAUUUUUGUGGAAGAAAUGUAAUGCAGAUCCGCUAUUUUGGUUGUUGCCUGAACAUUCUUCUAACCUUCACUUUCUUUACUCCAUUCAAUUAUUGAUUUUCGUGUUUGACUUCCUCUUUUUGUGGGUGGAAGGGAUACUGAAAUACUGAGCAAGUCGUUUAACAAAUUAAAAGGAAUAUUGCUGAACAUGUACUGCAUUUUGGGGUAUUGUUCAGAUCCUAUUUGUUAGACGUCCCACUUGUUUGUCUCAGAAAAUUGAUCGAAAAAAAAUUGAAAAUGAUUACAAUAACGUAAGUCGUUGGGUACACCUCCAUUAGGAGACAUCUUCGUUCAAGUAAAACAGACUUUAGGUCCACACGAAAAAGCUGGAUCAAUGUUAGUAUCUGAGCAACUGCUCACCUACACCUUCCCUAACCUAACAAAACCUACCCCUCCCCUAACCCAACAAGAGUCAACUGAUAAUAAAUUAGGGUUAAUGUUAUGUUAGGGGAGGGCUAGGUGCGCAGUUGCUCAGGUACUGAAUUCUCCCAUAGCCUCUGUAUUAUAGUAUUCAUCCAAGGGUCACCUUUUCCUUGGGACACCUCUUAUAGUCUCGGGGGAGUCCUCUUGAAUAUAUUUUUUCAUUAUAUUCAGUACGGCUCCAUGAAUAUCUCUUCCUUUUCAUGAUUUAGACUAAAGGCAACGUGGCGCAGAUAUUUGUGACAGUCCAUAGAUCAGUUGUGGAGACCAGUAAACGGAUGUUGAUUGAAGUGAAACGUCAUAACUACGUCACACCUACCAAUUACUUGGAGCUUGUGUCUGGAUAUAAAACGUAAGAAGUUGCAGGAUGCGACUUUUGAUCUCCCACGCAUGUUUAACUUGUAGCUUCAAUAUAUAUUUAGAUGUAUCUUAUCAGACGCUUUGCUGUAUGUGAUAUCGCUGAAUAUUUUUACGAGUUGUGCCGUAUUUUAACGAGCCUGUUUAAAUGGGUCAAACCUGUAUUAAGCGGCACCGUAUCAAGCGGUCACCUUAUAUUAAGCGGUUAGUUGUCAAAGUCCUGAAUUUUUUUUCCCUUGAUCACCGUUAUAUUCACCUCUAUGAAGCGGUCACAUCUAUAAAGCGGUCGCGGUCACCCUUUACUAAGUCCCAACAGCCUGUUUUUAUUGUUUUCCACCCGUAACGAACGGUCGCUGAAAGCGGAACCACUCCAAUAUAACUGAGAAUAAUCUUUCAAGUAAUUUUUAAUUCUUGUAUAUCUCCCAAAAUCAAAAUAAGUGGUAUUUUUGAGCGAGAUUCUGUCCAUUUAGUGGUCAAUUAUGGCUUAAAGUGGCGUUAUGUAUCGUUUUUCAUAACACCCCUAAUCUUUGUGACCUGUAUUUAGCGGUUCUUACUCCAUUCCCCGUGGGUGACCGCUUAAUACAGAUUCGACUGCACAAACAACGAGUAAAAUCCUGUCCCAACCAAUCCUGUUACACCAUCCCACCAGCCCUUCACUAGACUGCAGUUUUUAAAUGGCUGUAAACUUUUGGUGUUUGCUUUCACUUCCAGGUUGCUUUAUGAGAAGAGAAAAGAACUUGGUGACGCAGCCAGUAAGCUGAGAAAUGGUUUGGACAAAAUUGAUGAUACCAGAGCCAAGGUACACGAUUUGUCGCUUUGAGCGACUAACUUUUAGGAAGAUUUUUGUAGAAUAUUUUUGAUAACGACUUGAGUGUGGUUCCUCUUCUAAACUGUCAUUUGCCUUGUGCUGCAAUCAGUCUUGUUGUCACUCUUCUUGAGGAGUAAAGUGCGUAACAUUCGGUAAAUAGCAAAACGAAUGUUGAGACGAUGAAAGGUGCUUGGUUCUUUGCAGCGAAGAUCGUGUAUGACCAAUAAAGAGGGUAUCAUCAUAGCAUCUUUCUGGCGUUUAGUUGUAAGGAAGAUUAGCGGAAUAAAAAAGAAAAAGAUAGUCAUCGUCUAGAAAUUUAAGAGAGAUGUUUCUUUCCCCCAGGUGGAGUCCAUGUCGAUCGAACUUGAUGCUGAAGCCAAGAGAAAAGUUGCUCAUCAUGAAAAAUUUCAGAGGGAUGUCUUUUUUUUCCUAGGUGGAGUCCAUGUCGAUCGAUGCUGAUGAAAGCCAAGGUAUCGUCUGUUCAGUUUCAGAAUUCUUAUCAAAAUAAUUGUGGUGAUUGUGCCGUUUAGACGCUUAUCGGAUGAACAACAGAAGGUUAUUGUCUGUAACGUGGACUUCUUUAUCAGAAUAAUCGUAAAUCUUGGUCCUUUAGGCUGAUCGUGCUGUCACCCAGCAGUCCUUUUCAGGACCACUCUCUCCGGCACGAUCAUCAUGCUACACGAUCACAAUUACCUUUUGGUAACAACGACGUACUGUAAUCGUAUAUAUAUAUAGCAGCCUGCUUUAGGGAAGUAAGUAGGAUAUUCCAGUAAUUGGGUUCUACAAUAGAUUCCCUCGAGAGUUUGAUGGCAGGCUAAGUUUUGCCUGUUGAAUAAGAAUUUGAUAUUUUUAUUUUACAUGCACCCAUCGCCCCUUUCAUCCCAAACUUUUGGUACAGUUGGUACACAAACGAAAACUAAGUGUGGCUUUCACCUUUUUGUUAAUAUCGCCAUCCAUUUUCGAGAAGUUGAAUGCGUUUACCCAAAAGUGACACACCUUCAAAGUUUAUUUUCAAUUAAUUGUUAGCAGUAAGAACAGUCUCUAGUCCAGCAUCUGUAUAAACUUUUCUUAAGUGAAUGGUUAGAUAAACUGGUUUGAUUUGAUUUUUAAAAUGUUCACUUUCUUUAAUUUCCUAACAGAUCGUACAAGCCAGAAGCGAGAAGAUCGCAGAGGAGGAAGACAAAUGCCGAGUAAUGGCAGACAAUGCCCAACACGACUUGGACGAAGCUCUGCCAGCUCUCGCCGAAGCUACUAAGGCCUUAGAAUCACUGAACAAGAAGGAUAUGACGGAAAUCAAAUCAUACGGCCGCCCACCUGCCUUGGUGGAGAAAGUGAUGGAGGCUGUCAUGAUCUUGAGGGGAGGCGAGCCUACCUGGGCUGAAGCCAAGAGACAGCUUGGUGGGUGCUGCUUCCUUUUUCUCUUCUUUCAUCUUUCUAGCCUCCCUGACAAGUUAAGGACGCUUGAAGUUAGUUCGAAAUGAUUGGCAAGUCCACUCCAGUUAUAAAUAGAAUUCAUUCAUUAACAAGAACCGUUCUCCCUUCCACUAUUUUGACGAAGUGUUUGUAAUGGAUUAAAGAACAUUGAAGAGAAAGUAUUAGAAGAAAUUAGAUGCAAGUCACUCUAGCUCACCUCCUGAAAACGACUCCUCAAAAAAUAACUAAAGAAAUUUUUCAAAACUCAAAUCUUUACAGGUGACCAGAACUUCAUCAAACAAUUGGUCAACUACGACAAGGACAAUAUGACAGACCGAAUCCUGAAAAAAAUCGGCACCUAUUGCGCUCAACCAGAUUUUCAACCAGAGAUCAUUGGACGCGUGUCGCUGGCAGCUAAGUCACUCUGUAUGUGGGUAAGAGCCAUGGAGGUGUAUGGACGAAUCUACAGAGUGGUGGAGCCUAAAAAACAGAGGCUGGCGCAGGCAACAUCUCAGCUGCAAGAGAAACAGGCUGUGUUAGCUGAUGCUAAGGCCAAGCUGAAAGAGGUAGGUCAGAAAUGUUUAAAACUACAAUUUUGGCUGUUGACGUGGAACAUUCUCGACCAUUCGAAGUGGUAAACAGCGAUCAACUGUAGCACCCCUAGAAUGUUCAUGCAGCCCUCAGAUAGACUCCCAUCCUCGCCCCUCUAUCAUAGCUUGCAAACUUUCCGCAACCCACAUUAAUUGCUACCAGUCGCUCAGGACUGAAAGACAAAGGAUUCAAAAACUUCUGUCGAAUGCUAAGAUCCCACGCUAUUUCCUGCUUAGGUGGCAAGUACUCAACAGUGAUUAAUUCAGCAGUUUAAAAAGUCGCGGCUAAGUUUGUUGCACUGUCGAAUAAAUCAAAAUUAGUCGUAAAAUUGUGUUUGAAAAGUACAUUUAAUGUUCUAAAGGACACUACCCUAUUUAUAAUGCUUCAAAUUAUCUAUCUCACAACUGACUGAUACCUUACGGCUUGUUGCUUCUAUUACGGUAUUCGCAUAAAAAUUUUUUUGACCUUUAAGAUACUAAGAUCAAACUCAUAUUUCUUCCCUUGUCUAUGUAGACGUUUUCUCGAGAAUUUGGCGUUUUUUUAAAUGUACCAUCCUAUUAUAAGUUAGGCUAUUCUCACGUUGAUCACUUUUGUACAGGUUACGGAUCGGAUGGAAGAGCUUAAGAGACAAUAUGACGAGAAAUCCGCUCAGAAGGAGGAACUGAGGAAGAAAGCAGAGAUCACUGAGUUGAAACUUGAACGUGCUGGUAAACUGGUGUCAGGUCUGGCUGGAGAGAGGGAUCGUUGGGAAGCUAGUGUCAAGGUAUGAAAUGACUGCUUUGUAGCAAAAGCUGAUAGGGUAGUUUUCAACUGACUGUCGAAAGUAAUCCAAAGUUGCUUUGGUUCGGAUUUGCUUUGCUCUGUGAUUGGUCUAGAUAAUUUUUGAAAUUUAUUCCAUACUCCAAGGAGUGGAGGCAGAGUGGCAGAGUGGUAAGGGCGCUAUUCUUGUUGUCUUUUGGUCCCAGGUUCUAGCCGUUCUCCCAGCCUCUCACUAGGUUUGUUUCGGUUGGCCUUGAGUCCAAUUACUUGGCUCUUCAUUGUAUAUAGCCGGCUGGUCUGCCUUCUAUCAGUUGGGGUUCCUAAACACUGUGUUUAUGUUUAUUUGUUAUGUUUACUUCUCUUUCUGUUUGAAUUAAUUAUUUCUUAAUUUAUAAACUUAUUGAGACUUGAGAAAUGCGUUCAAAGAACUGAUCUUACUGUCAUUAUUAACUGUCAUAUUCCUUUCACACAGAUUUUGGAGGAAAAUAUUGGUUAUCUGGUAGGAGACUGUUUGAUUGCUGCAGCCUUCUUGUCUUACGCUGGACCAUUCCUGUCCAACUACAGAGACGAGCUUGUAGAAAAAACUUGGCUCGCGCAGGUGCUUACGUAGCAAAAUAAAUAAAAACACUUAAGCAGUCAAGAUUGUGAACGUAUGAAAAUCGAGAACCAAUUAUAGUGGAACCUCAUAUAAUCUUUGUAUCCGUUACCUCUUUUAAAGAGACACCUCUUCUUAAGUGAAAGGGACACUUUGUUUGUAACCUCCAUUCAGAGGAACACCUUAACCAUUCAAAACGUGGAUGACCCCAAAGAUUACUUGUGCAUUACAAUGAUGACUGCUUUCACAUAACAUGACCUUUUUAUUACCGUAAAUUAUUUGAUGACAGAUGUAAAUUGUUUGCCAAAGGUUAAAAUCUCAGUUGAUGUCAUUUUUUCGGGAUGGUUUACUAUGAACAAACCCCAAUCCAACUUAUUUUUAGGAGACACUUGCCCUGGUCACGAGGGUGUCUCCUGAAUGGAGGUUCUACUGUACUAAGAACCGAAAAGUAACUUUCGUAAUCUUAACUACACUGCAAUAGUUUUGCACCUUGUAUACGUUGACGCUAAUGAUAAUUGUGUAGCUUCAUUGUAGAUUCUAAACAAGUUUUGUGCAGUUGGAUUACAACUUAAUUGCCUUGACCGAGCUAAAAUGAUACCAACUGUUUUAUUUAGUUGCAAAACCAACUACCCGCUUGCUUGUUUCUGUGUUAGGUUCGGCAGUUGAAUGUGGCGUGCAAUCCAAACUUCUCCUUCUCCAAUUUUCUGGCCAAGCCAACUACCGUCAGAGAGUGGAACAUUCAGGUACGAGUAUUUUUAACGAUCUUUUUUCACUAAUAUCCCUCUCAAAACAAUCAGGUAUCAGGUAAGGGUGUGGUGUUGCGUCCGGAGUUCAUUUUGGUUUUAUCAACUGAGUUGAUACUCUGACGAAAAGGCUGCAUCCGUUUGGAGCAUUAGUCUAAUAAUAGAGCUAAUAGAAAAUAGAAGGAGCCCUUCAUUUCAUCACUCUGACGAAAGGCUGACGCUUGAAACGUUACCUUUAGAAACUCUUUAGGUUGGCCAGUAAUUUAUAAACUCAAUUGACAAAGUCAAUUAACCAUGUAUCAAGCUUGCUGAAAUGACCCAAGAUCGUCUUCAUGGUAGCAGCUACUCUAUUUCUCUACAAAUUAAAUCUUUGAACUCACUGAACUCUUCUUAAGAUUUAACUAUGCAUUUUUUGUCCAAAAGGGUUUGCCGUCGGACUCCUUUUCAACCGAGAAUGGUGUGAUGGUGACAAGAGGAAGCAGGUAAAACUUGAUGUACUCGAAAUUGUUAAGCAAUAAACUUGUUUAACUUGUUUAAAAGCGGGUGACCUGGUCAUUCAAUUCGCACGAACUCAGUCCGAAGACAAAAUGUUCAAACAUUACAUCAAAUGAUUGAACGCAUUUUGAUUGAGAACCGAAACACUACAACUAUAGUGAUCGCAAAGGCCAAUGAGCGCGAGCGAAAAACGUGCAAAUAGGUAAUGAGAACUUAAAUUUAAAAAAAAAAAAAACUGCUAGAUCUGUGUGGUUAAGAGGGUGAUGCAAGGAGUUUCUAGACCAAAUACAGACCUAAGAAAAGAAAGUACAAUGUAACACUGGAUUACAUUUGACACUGAAUUGAAAUUUACGCUAUGAUAUUACUGAAUUUAAUUUAAGAUGGCCCUUGAUGAUCGAUCCGCAAGGACAGGCCAUUAAAUGGAUCAAAAACAUGGAAACUAAGAAGGUAGGUAGAACUACCAGUAGAGACUUUUAAAAGGUGUCCGGUCGCUUUGCUAGAAAGACGUUUGGUUACUUCCCGACAAAUCUACACCGUUUCGCCUGAAUGUUAUGUGCUUUCUUCUUUUCGGUGUUCCCUCUAGAGCUAACACGAGUUUUCAUCAUUCUUUCUAACACGAGUUUUCAUCAUUCUUUCCUUCAGGGUCUAAAAAUAAUUGACUUACAACAGUCGGAUUACCUGAGGACGUUGGAAAACUCCGUUCAGUUUGGUAACCCAGUUUUAUUGCAGAACGUACAAGUAAGUGGCUACACCCCUCACUGAAUUUUGUCCUUUUCUCUGCUCGUAUCAAACUUUUUGCCCGUUGAUCGGUUUGCGCUUUACUUGGAUGAUAAAAAAAUACUUCACGAGUGACAUUUUUUAAAAAAAUACUAUAAAAUUCCAUCCAAGUGAUUUGAUUCUUUAUGUAAUUUUAAUUUUUGCUUGCAGGAAGAGCUCGAUCCGUCUUUGGCGCCGAUCCUGAACAAAUCGAUAAUCAAGCAAGGUAAGUUGUUAUAAAUUGUUCAGUGGCCAUACAAGCUCUUGCUAUAGGUAAUUUCAAGAUAUAUGCUGCACUCGACAUUGCUUGUAUUCCUUGUUUAUUCUAUAGCCUGCCCUUACAAUUGUAUACUGCUAAGUUAAUCACAUCAAUCUAGAAACGAAAGUAUUCUAGGAUUCUACUUCCCUACAACCCCUAUUGUUUGGGACUUUUUGAAGUUUUUAAAUCUAUAUUUAGGCCAAAUGUUGAGAUUAAUCUAACGCGUUCAAUUUAUACUUUAUUACGUAGUUGGACUUAAGCCUCUUUUUAUUAAAGGAUUUUUUUUGCAAACGUCAUUGACAACCUUUUUGAUACAAGAGUACAUAGUAAAACAUUCAAGAAACUGAGUUUCUUACCUUUCUUCCUUAGGUGGUCGGUUGCUGAUUCGGCUUGGCGACAAAGAAGUCGAGUACAGCCCUGAAUUCCGUUUCUACAUUACAACGAAACUGAGUAACCCUCACUACACUCCAGAGAUAUCUACCAAGACCACAAUUGUGAACUUCGCCGUCAAGGAACAAGGUUAGCUUUUACCCCUUUUUAAUCCUUGCGAAACGUGAAAAAUGAAUUGCGUUUUUGUUUUAUAAAAAUAUGCACGAACCCUGUCCAGAUAAAGCCGUUAGUUAUUUACUCUUGAAAAUGUUUGCUUUACGAUUAUUUGCAAACAUGUGCACCUCUCGAAGACAAUCGAAAUCGAGCCUAAGUCUCUUUGUGAGCCCGCACGCAUCUGCAGUUUCCUUUAAAACUUACGUGACGCAUAUAAUUGCGUCAUUCUGACGGAACAAUUGCAGCGCACGCGCACUUGUCGUUUGCUUGAGUCAAAAAAAUCCACAAAUGUUGCUAGCUUGUCCAUUAAGAUUUUCGGAACAAAUGGUUUUUACCUGUGUUAAUUAACUACUAAACUAAAUGAUGCGUUUGCAUCUGUGAAACGCAAACAGAGCGUUGGCGAAAAUUUGAGGGCAAACAAACUUUUGCCUGUCCGACACUUCAAGGUUUGAUUGUUCUAUUUAUUCCCAAAAAACAGUAAAGACAAUUUGUUUUGUGUGUUUUGAUAGGUCUGGAGGCCCAGCUGCUUGGUAUUGUAGUUCGCAAAGAGAGGCCGGAGCUAGAAGAGCAGAAAGAUGCCCUUGUAAUUAACAUCGCGGCUAAUAAAAAGAAACUUGAAGAGCUGGAGGAUGAAAUCUUAAGGUAAACAGUUUCUAAAACAUGCGAAAUUUUUUAAGCGAACUCAUGGAAGCCACAAACCUUGUGAAUGGCUAAAUUAUGAAAGAAAGGGAAAAUUUGCAUUAAAAGACUGACAAAGGAGUCGUAACUUGUUUAAUUGUUUAAACAAUCGAUUGGUUGAUUUAAAGUACAACUUUGAAUGUGAUUGGCUUAUUGAACUGUCCGAUAACAAACUGUGCGACAACAACUUGGCAAGUGAAUUAGUGGAAAAAAGGAGUUUUUAAACUAAUCACAAUCGGGGAAAUUAUAAUUUCUAUGAUUAAAUGCGUUAUCCACUAAAACCCUGCAGGAGUAUAAGAGCAACACGUCUUCUUAUAAUCUCAAACCAGACCUUGAGUCUAAAGUAGCUUAGGAAGGAGUAUCUUUUGUACAAGAUCUUUAUAGGAAGUCAGUCUCUUAGUUUGAUUAUUUCUUGAUCUUUAACCAAAGCAUUGAUCACCAGGACACUUUAAACAUUGCUUUUCCGAGUAGCAUUCAGAGAAUCUGUCAUACGUGAACCUAAUGUUGUUUUUGCUCGCCAUAGAAUUAUGCGUAACUCAGUGCUAGAGUAUCGGAGCGCGGAAUCCGAAGGUCUGGGGUUUCUUACCUUAUGGGGGCUCAGAUACUUUCUUUGUUUAACAAUCGCAACAACACAAAUAAAAUCUCUCUUUAUCCAUACCUCGCUUUUGGUCAGGUUGUUACAGACAGCUCAAGGCUCAUUGCUGGACGAUGAACAGCUCGUAAACACGCUUAAUUCAUCCAAAACAACCUCACAGGAGGUAGCUGAACAACUUCAGGUCAGCGAACAAACAGAGAUCAAGAUUGACGCAGCCAGAGAGGUAAUGAUACUGUUCAUACUGAGAUAUAAACGCAUUUUUCUUUAUUCCCCAAAUGUGUCUUUCUGUCUUCCUUUUUUGAACUCAAACUGGCCUGUUAUUCCUCUGCAGGGCUACCGUCCGUGCGCGCAGCGAGCCUCAAUUCUCUUCUUCGUUCUGAAUGACAUGGGCAAGAUAGAUCCUAUGUACCAGUUCUCUCUCGACGCGUACAUCGAUUUGUUCAACAACUCCAUUGAGAAGAGUCAACGGAGUCCCAACCUCGAGAUACGAAUUCAGAACCUUAAUGACUAUCACACUUAUGCUGUUUACAAGUAAGUAUUUUGGUGAUAGGAUACUUACUAUAUCUUCGACCUAGUUUGUCUGUUUAUCGUGGGGUGGCCAUCAAAUGCUGAAUAAUAAAAUCAAAGAUGUAUUAUAAUUUCUAGAAUUGGGCGAUUGGUUGGGUAAAAUACCAAUUUUGUGCGUCUCGCUUUUCUCGGAUGGAUGUAUGACUGAUUGAUUAAGUGACUGAUCCACGGACCGACCGACUAACUGACUGAUAGACCGACCGGCUUAUUGAUUAUAUAAAUCGAUAAUUCAUUAAUUUAUUGAUUGAUUGAUUGAUUGAAUUAACGAUUGACCGAUGAGUGAUUGAUUGAAGAGUCAUCCAUUGACUAUUCCAAGCGAAUUUUGAAACAUGGUUUUUUUCUUGUGAAUUACUGUAAUGAGCUUUUAAACAGAAUGACAGCUAACGCAGUUAACCGAUCACAAUGAACUUUUUAUAUUUCACUUGCUUUUCAGAUACACUUGCCGUGGUCUGUUUGAACGCCACAAGCUUCUUUUCUCUUUCCAAAUGUGCUCAAAAAUAUUGGAAGCUGCGGGAAAACUCAACAUGGAUGAAUACAACUUCUUCCUUAGAGGGGGAGUGGUGAGUAGUACCGACAGCCCGUUCCCACUUUGAUUUGCUUUCCAUUUCAAUUCGUGCAGUAGGACUGUGGUCUUCCAUUUUGGGAGUUUGAGACUUAUUCAACGGCAAAAAAUAUUUUCUCUACCUUCCACGAGUCGAUAUUUCACUACCUUAUUUCCGACUACUUUGUAUUAAGACCACUGAGAAAUAAAUUUUAAGCUUCCACAUCACUCAUUAAGGCAAUCUUAAUCUUUCGAGGCAAAAUACUUAUUUGUGGAUCUCAAAGGUUAAGAGAGUAUAAGCAGCAGCUCCGAAUCUGCAAGAAUCCCCCUCGGCUACAUUCAGCAUGGCUGAUCCCAGCCCGCGCCAAUUUAGUAUAACAGACUCCGGGGCUCAUUGGAGCGUUACAAAAUGGUUCCCUGGAGAACCCUCGAUGGGCAAAAACAAUGAUCAUGAUUAAUUAUUUGCUGUAUGUAGGUACUGGACAGAGAAGGCCAGAUGGAUAACCCAUGCACUCAGUGGCUCAACGAAGCAUCAUGGGAUAACAUUACUGAGUUGGACAAGUGAGUUCAUAGAUACCUAAUGAGAAGGCCCUCAUUAUUGGCCUUCAUUAUUAGCGCUAUAGCACGAGUGUUUCUUCGAAAGUACAAGGCCUUGGGCCGGAGAAAGGUCUGCAAGGGGUUUAGUACUCAUUUUUAGUGCCAGAUCCCCGACAAACCCCUCUGUGACUCAUCUCAAAUCACCCCGCUGACGGAAAAACACGCGUCCUGCAGCACUAUUAAUGAGGACUUACUCGCAAGCUAGUUCAUUUACCGGUUGGAGUCCAAGUUUUUGGGAUGUUCUCUCCUUGGUGGCCCUCGUUCGAUAAGUUAACUUACAAUCUGCUUGCUCUUUCUUCUGUUAUCAGACUGCCUAACUUCCAUGGUAUUGUCACAUCGUUUGAGCAGUAUCCUAGGGAUUGGAACAUCUGGUACACCAGUGCUGAACCAGAAAACACACCGUUACCCGGUGAGUAAGUUAGAAUGAAACGUCUUAAAUAAGAAAUGUUCAUUCUUUAAUGCACGAGAAACUUGGCGACCGAACGAUUAACGCGGUAUAUUUUAGAUUGUGCGAACUAUUCUAGGUUGGAGUCCUGGUGGGAUCGCUGUAUUAUGUUCUUGAGCGAGAGAAUUUGUCGUCUCGAUGCCCCUUACCACCCUGGCCGGGUCGCUUUAUUAUGUUCUUGGGCAAGAUAAUUUUUCGUCUCAAUGCCCCUUACCACCCUGGCCGGGUCGAACUAUUAUGUUCUUUUGCGAGAGAAUUUGUCGUCACAAUGUCCCUUACCACCCUGGCCGGGUCGUACUACUAUGUUCUUGUGCGAGAGAAUUUGUCUUCUCAAUGCCCCUUACUUCACCCACAAAUCUAUCUAAAUUGUCAUUUAGAAAAGAUUCAAAGUUACCUGAAUAUACAUGUUAGUAGUCAAUCGCUUGUCGGAUUAGAAUUAUAUCAGAGUUCUUCUCCGGUUUCCUUUUUGGACGUCUUUUCAGAGUAUCUAGCUUAUUGUUUCAAUCGCUCUAAAGUGAUUCUAUUUGUUUCUUCAGGUGAAUGGGAGAACGCGUGUAACGAGCUACAGAGGAUGCUGAUCGUUCGAUCUCUUCGCCCCGACCGAGUUUCUUUCACUGCCACAUCAUUUAUUGUAAACAAUCUAGGCUCCAAGUAAGUUUUUUUUUGUGUGUUUUUAAGAGAUAUUUCACCAGACUUGAACAUACUUUCUGUGCUGCUGAGGUGCAACUAUGGCAACUGUUUUCUGCUAUAAUGUUUUCUCCUCAUUCUUAAGCUCCCUUUCCACUGUAUUAUGUAACGUCCCCGUCUUUAUUCUUCCUCGCUUUACAAUUGUGCUAGUCUCUCAAGUAUAUGAUGCCUAACUUAAUUUUGUUCCCGACAUUUUGUUUCCCGUUCUUCUCUCUUUCCUUCCAUUAUUUGCUUUCCCAUGACACUGAUUUUUCUGUCGUUUUUUUAUCAUCCUUUUAUUUUUCCAGCCAUGAAAUUUCUUCUGCGUAAUAACACUGCUUUUCCCCCCUACCUCCGCCCACGAUAGUGAGUCCUUUCCGCAUACCUCUUCUAUUUAUCCGCCCCUUGUAAUCGCCUGGAGGUGUAAAUGGUAACCUUAUGUAUUUCUGGUUAUAAAACUGGCUGUUUAUCUGAAAAUUUUAGAUUUGUGGAGCCUCCCGUUUUAGACAUGGCGUCAGUGGUGGAGGAUUCAUCAACACGAACCCCUCUGAUUUUCGUUCUAUCGCCAGGAGUGGUGAGUCGUAUUCUUCCUGAAAGUUGAAACAUGUUUUGCUUGUUCAAACUUGUUCACAGACCUCCAUAAUGUGAUAGCUUUGUAACUCAACUGGUUCUUCCAGAGUCCUUUACGUUGCAUAUUUGUGGUAACCAAAUAUUCUGUUACAUUUUUUACCCAGGAUCCAACAAGUGCUUUGUUACAACUUGCUGAGAACUCUGGGAUGUCGAAUCGUUUCCAUGCCCUCUCUUUAGGUCAAGGCCAGGCACCUAUCGCCACGCGAAUGAUCAAAGAAGGAGUCAAAGAUGUAAGUUAACUUCCACUUCAUAUCAUCAGAUAUAAUUUCCAGUCUUUACUGGGUUCUUAAAAAAAUGUGAAUUGCCUCUUGUGCAGGAAAUUUAUCUUUCGUUUAAUACCAUUUCUGUAGGGUAACUGGGUGUUCUUGGCCAACUGUCACUUGUCGCUGAGUUGGAUGCCUCAGCUUGACAAGCUGGUGGAACAGCUUCAGGUGGAGGAGCCGCACCCGGACUUCAGACUGUGGCUGAGUAGCAGCCCUCAUCCAGAGUUCCCAAUCUCCAUCCUACAAGUCGGCAUCAAGAUGACAACAGAACCUCCAAAGGUUAGUAGUUACGUUUGUGACCAGUCUGCAUAGGAGAUCCAGUAAAAAUGUAACUCGUGAUGCAAGUUGACGCACCAUUUUUUUUUUUCAAACAGUUAUCCGCCGAUUACUUUCAGGGGCAACCAGUUGGAGCCGAAAAGUAUUUAGUUUGUUAUCCAAACCUUAUUACUAUUUCAUCAUCUCUCCUCAGGGUCUAAAGGCGAACAUGAAGCGGUUAUACCAGCUGAUCACAGAGCAACAAUUCAGCCGCUGUCACAAACAGGACAAGUACAAGAAGCUGUUGUUCUCGUUGUGUUUCUUCCACAGCGUGUUGUUGGAGAGAAGAAAGUUCCUUAUGCUUGGUUGGAACAUACAAUAUGGGUUUAAUGACUCUGAUUUCGAAGUGUCCGAGAACUUGCUGAGUAUUUACCUUGACGAAUAUGAAGAGACCCCUUGGGACGCCUUGAAAUAUUUGGUAAGUGAGAACUUUUUAGCGACACUUUUAAUAAGCUACAAUGGGCGACACACUGACAUUUUUAUCUAUGGUAAUGGAACUAGGUGAAUUCCAGUUCGGUCUUUAAUCAUGCGACUGAUGAACAAAAUCCGACGAUUCCGAUUGACUUAUUGCGAGUAUGAUUAUAGACAGAAUUGGAAGACACGAAGUUCUAUUACCAAUUAAUCAAAGCUAUGAACAAAUUUGAGACAAAUUAUUCAUCGGUUAUAAGGUAAAAGAACAACCUUGUUUGAUCGUCGUUGUUAAAGCCUCGCUUAGUCUAGUGUAUGAAUGACAAGCGAAAUUGUUUUAUUGUAGGUGGCUGGGGUCAAUUAUGGUGGUCACGUGACAGAUGAUUUUGAUAGGCGUUUGCUUCAUUCAUACAUCAAUGAACAGUUCUGUGACGCUGCCAUUCAGACGCCUUACUACAAGUGAGUUCAUAGUUUAAUCCUUUUCACAUCUAGUAUCUCAGUAUCAAUUCUGUUAACUCUCUGUCAUACCAAUCCUAAAAUUUUAGCUCUGAGAAUAUGGUGCUUGCACGAAGAAUAAGAUUAAUAUCUUUCUUCUUAUCACCUGUUUGUUUGACCUUGUAUGGUUAUUGAAAGGGGAAUUCUUGUUAGUCGCUCGUGCGAAUGAGUGGGUUAAAAGGCACAACCUAAAACAGGAAGAACAGGAAAAAAAUGUAAACUUGAGGAAAUUUGCCGGUAAAAAAACUCGAAAAAAACUUUUCCAACUAAUUAGUUCUUGUCUUUCAGGCUAUCUUCUCUGCCAACCUAUUACAUUCCAAAAGACGGUCCUCUUUCCACAUACAGGGUAAGAAAUCCUUUGGACAAUCCAUAAGAUAAUUCAUCGUUAAAUUUGAUAUUUUGUAAGACGUCUGUGUGAAAGAUGUUAGGGUUCUCCUCUUUUGGUCUCACAAGGUUAAGUAUCCGGUGGCGCCUAUUUCGUCUGUUGUUGAAGUGACUUUGAGCCCCGGGGGGUAUACUUCCUAACAAUGGGCUAAUGGGUAUGUGCCGCUGGAUGGAGUCGCAUUUUCACGACUAGAUGGAGUAUAAUGGGUUGCAUUUUUAUUAGAGCUCCUCGAAUGGGGUCGCACAUUUUAGGGUUUUUGGGGUAAGGAAAUUCUGGUAAAUUUUGUGCUGUAUCUAGGGAUUUAAAGGUAUGAAGAUUCGUGCCUAAAAAAAUUGUUACCGUAUUACCAAAAGUGACAAAUUUGGGAUCUAAGAUUGGCCACAGAAUGGACCAUAAUGGGGUGGGGGUUCUGAGAGGCUCCCCCCCAACCCCCUUUGGGCUCUGAACAAGAGAAGACCUCUGAAAUCCCUGCUCUUAACUUUGCCUUUGCCUAGCUCACUUCUUCUGACAUGUUAUAGCAAGGACUAAGCAUCGAGGAGACAGGUCGGUGAUCUGUUAGUGCAAAGCAUGCGGGUGAUCAUCGUCAACAACCAAUAAGAAACCAUUUUGAAAUUGAUGUUUUACAGGAAUACAUUAGCAUGUUACCAAAUGUAGAUCAUCCUGAGACGUUCGGUCAACAUCCUAAUGCUGAUAUCGCCAGUCAGAUCAUCGAAACCAGGUAAAUGUGACAAUUACAAUUAAGCACUGAGAACAUAGUGAGGCGACAUCUGCGGUGAUCUUUGCCAAACUUUGGGAAAAAAUCGCCGAUGUCGUUUCACUGAAAAUACGGGAUUUGCAGGGAUUUUACUCACAGCAAGUUGUCUUUGUGUUCGAAGAAAAGUCUCUCAUUAUCACACCUUAGAGAUUAGAGAGUAUUAGCUGCGACUUUUUGUUAUUUUAUAGUAAAUGCUUUGAUUGUGCGAUGUCGGUAACAAAUUGUUUAUUUUUUUAAGUUUUGAUUUGUUCUGCCCUCUUUGUUGCUCUUUUGUCUGACCUGGACAUUUUUGUGUUCACUAAAGAUCGAUUCAAUGUAAUAUUUAUUAUUGAUCUUUGUCUUACUAUUUUUUUGUUUUGUUGUUGUUUUUUUUUUUCAGGAAUCUGUUUGGUACGUUACUUUCUCUUCAACCCCAGAUCACUUCUGCUGGAGGGCAAGGAGAGAGCAGAGAGGAAAAGGUUGGUAGCACUUAAAGAUAACUUGAAGAAGAAAAGUGGGGGAAAAUUGAACAGUGCGUUUGGGUUGAUUGUCGUUAAACCAAAACCAAAGUAAUUACAACGGCCAAUCAAAGGAAAGGAAAAUGUUUAAGAGCCAGUGAGAACUCAAAACAAAAACAAACAAACCGCCUAAAGCGCGGGGAAACGUGGGCGACCAAGUCGUGAUUGGUGUUAGUUUUGCAUCUCAUUGGUUGAGAGAGUGGCGCGAGUUUUCUGAACCAAGCUCAGAGCAAAGUAAAACAAAACCGGAUUAAUUUCGGCACUCCAUCGAAAAUUGUUUCAACAUGAUGUUUGCUCUAGCUGCUGCUUUGGAGAUCGCCACCGUCUGAUUUCAGUGUCUCUUUCUUUUGUAGGUUCUGGAGCUUGCUGCUGAUGUACUGAAAAAAGUUCCUGAGGAGAUUGACUAUGAGCAGACCGCGAAAAUCAUGUCCGAUGAUCCCUCUCCUCUCAACGUUGUGUUGCUUCAAGAGGUAAGGGCAAUAAUCCAUGCUUAUUUAUGUUAGUUGUAUCCACUCUUUGAUAUUUACUGGCUCUAGAAAGGUAAGAGUACUUUAAUUUGAUGUAUCUAAGACCCUUCUUAAAAUUGCGACUGAAAAGAAGAUAAAAUAAAAAAUGCCAAGCCAUGAACUGCGUAGUAGUAUAAAACCAGCACCAAAGGGUGACCAGUCCUCGGUUGUUCAAAGCGUGAAUUACGCUAUCCGCUGGAUAAAUCUCUAUCCAGUACAUAGCGCCGUGCUUUUUGUGAAUAUUUGUCUGCUGAAUUUCGAUUUAGAUCGCUUUUCGAUUGAGUGUCGUAAAACCAGAGCCAAAAUAGUUACAACGGCCGGUCAGAAGGGAGGAAAAUACCCUGAGGAGCUUAUGAGAACUAAAGCGCGGGAAAAUGCUUCCGACCAAGUCGUGAUUUUUUGUUAGUUUUGCAUCUGAUUGGUUGAAAAAGUGGCGCGAUUUUUUUGGACGUAUGACAAUGAAAAGUAAAGCAAAACCGAAACAACCCAGGAUGACUUUAGACACUCAAUUGAAAAAUGUGAUUUCUGACGUUUGAGAGACAUGGGAACGAAUUAGUCAGAAAUUAAUAUUCUGACGGCACGUUGGAGAGGUUCGCAUGGCAUCAUGGUAGUUUCGGAUUAUUUAAGCGUUUCGCGGGGAAAUUAGGUCAUUCUACGUCGGUCAGUCUUAGGUUGAGCCACUUUCUUUUAUUUAUUUAUUUUUUAUUUAUUGUAAUUUUGCUUUACAACUCUAUGUAAAAUAUCACUCCCUUCAUUGAAUUUUCUGUGUGAUUUAGUAGUGUAACUAGGUUUAUUUUAGUUACCCUUUCCUCGGGGUAUAGUGCUGCUGCAUUAGAUGAGGAAUACGUUUCCACAUAGUUUUUGGCCACUUCUAAAGAGUGGUUUUUUAGUGGUUUUUCGUAUCUGGCGUAGCACAGCCUAUUUUUGUAUAACCCUUUAUUUUCAGUGAAUACUUGCAGAACAUUGCAGAUUGUAGUAGGAUGUGUAGACUACAAGACUGGCUGACUUCUCCUAAAUAAACUUUCACAUUGAAUAUCUCGCCUGAGUGUAGUCAGAAUUUGCUCUAUUCGUUGGAGAGCGUUCUCUCCAUGUUUAGAAACGAAUGUUUAUAUCUUCUGUUUUUCACGGUGAUAGAUCGAACGGUUUAACGCCUUGUUGCGAAUCAUCAAAGCAUCGCUUAUCGAUCUGGAGAAGGGAAUCAAGGGUCUUGUGGUCAUGUCCUCUGAUCUGGAAGAGACAUUUUACUGCAUCUACGAUGCCAAGGUUCCCCCUUUGUGGGGAAAGGUAAGGAAGAAAUCCCACGAAUAGAGAGUUUUAUACAAAGUAAAGAAACGAAAUUAAAGCAAUUGCAGGAAAGAAUCCUUAAAAAAUGGAGGCUUCGAAGGGAUUCGAACCCGUCCCUCCCAGAUACUCGUUGGGUUCUUCUAUCAACUGAAUAACAUAGCCAAAUGUUGGGAGCAAGGCAAAUGUAAGUAGGUUCUUCUCUACCGUAAUGGAAUUCACAAUGAAACUGGUACCUGAGAGGCUUCUCUUCUGAAAUUGCUUUAAUCGCAGCAACUCUGUGAGGAUUAUUUCUGUGCUUUGUAUGUUAUCCGCGGGCCAAAUAUCAUCUUUUUCAUUUCUGAUAGUUUUAUUAGUUCGAGUGAUGUAUUCUAGAUAGUUUUGCGUGCACAUGACGCACAGAAUUACUUCAUUUUAAAGGAUUUUGAUCAGUUGAAAAGCCUUCAAGCGGGUAAGUGUGAGCGUUUGGACGGAAAGAUGCUCUACGGGAUAAUAGCUGGAUGUCAAAUUUGUUUUUCUUUUUAAAAUAUCAUCGACAGAUGUCAUCAGUUUUACAAAAUACUACUCUGGUUGCCUUUAUGCAGGAUAAUGAGAUAUAAUUUUUAGAAGUUAUACAUGAACAGGAGCCCACGGAGGAAUCAUGUCCAAAUUUUUUUGAGUUUCGUGAUGCAACUUCAAAAACAAGAGUUUGGAACAAAAUGCUUUAGAAAAUUGAUUUUCUUUUGUUUUAUAUAAUGUCUAGAAUAUAUUUUUUCGAGAUGCAAGCCGGUAAAUAUUUUGAACAUUUUUAACAGGCUUACCCGUCCAACAAACCGUUGGGUAACUGGACACGUGACCUGGUGUUACGUGUGGAUCAGUUUGCCAAGUGGGCGACCACAGCUCACCAGCCCGUCAUAUUCUGGAUGUCUGGCUUUACAUUCCCCACAGGCUUCUUAACCGCAGUCUUACAGACAUGCGCACGACAAAACAACGUGUCCGUGGACUCGCUAUCGUGGGAGUUUGUUGUGUCCACAGUGGAUGACAGCAACAUCACGCAACAGCCCAAGGUACGUUAACAAACUGUGAACGUGUUGAUACCUGUUUUAAGCGCUGUGGGUCCGGAGAGAUCCAGUCCCCACUCGCACCCCAUCGGUCAUGUGAGGUUUUUUUAUUACUCAUCUGACACCAUAGUUCUUGCAACUUUAGGGUCGCAUAUUGUUUCUUAACUAGCGGAUUGAUAAACGUCACACACUAUCACCGAAAACAGUCCCUUUCCCAGGUGAUUCCUCAAACGAAAGACGCUAAUUCAGCAUUAAAAGAUAAGGGAACGUAUAGUUUUUAUGUGAAGUUCACACAGGUUUAGCAUUAGAUCGAACAGCUCUGCCCAGAGGAAAUACCUCUAACCUGCGUACAGGUAACCUUUGAGUUUUAUGGAAAUCAAAGGCUGAGGAGACGAACUAAAAACUAUUAUUUGAUCCCUUGGUAACUAGUGCCCACUUUAUUUCUCUCAUCAGUCAUUUCUGUGGCUCUUCCAGGUUUUUUUUCCCCCAAAUUUUCAACUUUGCGUUCACAAUCGAUGGUGAAGCACUUUCUGUGUAAUCAAUGCUUUUGAAUCUUCCCUAAAUUGUUCUUCUCAACAUAGAUUGCCCGUCGCGCAGCACUAUUUCUUAACCAUUCCCUCUUUCUUUUACAGGAUGGUGUAUGGAUCCGUGGGCUCUUUUUAGAGGGGGCUGGUUGGGACAAGAAGAAUGCGUGCCUCAUCGAAGCGGAACCUAUGCAACUCGUUAGCGCCAUGCCCACGAUUCAUUUCAAGCCUGUGGAGAACAAGAAGAAGAGUGGAAAAGGUCUGAUAUACCCAACUUUCAAAUGUGUUUGAGACAAACAUGUAUCGUAAAACAGGCCAAAAGUAUUUUUAUUUGAUAACUGAAAUGUUGCCUUAAGAUUUUUUCGCGGUUGGUAGAUAAGAGUGUAAUAAUCUCAAUAAAGAGGAAACAAUCCUGUUAAGCUGGAUUUUAACUGUCGCAUUUUUCCACGAACAUGAACGUGAGUUAUAAAAAAACCAAUUACGUUCGUUGAAAUUAACGUCUACGUGCGUAAACACAUCCCUUAACUAAACGUUUUUAUAUUUCCCUUUCCAUCUUUUUUUCAAGGCGUGUUCGUACGUUUUGCGCACGUCGCAAUCGCGAAAGUGCAUAGAAAAGUUGAACGGCCUUCAACUUUUAUAUGCACAGGCCUGCGUUUGUCGCAUCUUUAAAAGAAGCGUGGUAUUUAUAUUUACGCGGCAGUGGAAAUUGCUUACGCUCGUUUUUACAGCGAAUUUGAGUACAACUUUAUUACUUUCCUUUUGCUAUUGUAGGUGUCUACGCAUGCCCGUGUUAUUACUAUCCAAACCGAGCGGGAACAUCUGGACGUGCAUCCUUCGUGGUGGCCGUGGACCUGAAAGCAGGAGCUAUGACGUCAGACCACUGGAUCAAGCGCGGAACUGCGCUUCUGAUGAGCCUUGAUUACUGA